UAGAAAUUUCAAGUUUUCUUUUCUUUGCUUUUUCCCCCACAAAUAAGAACAAAGAACAUUGAAAUAAUCUUGACCAACUUUAAUUGCUGAACUUUUUUACCACCAAAAAAGUGACUAAAUUUCUGUCUAUGUGCUUUAAAUUUAAUCAUAGUGGACAUUUAGCCUUUUUUUGUUCAAAAAAACAGCCAUCCCUGAAAGACAAAUGUGUCCUGUCUGCCUUUUUGUCUUCACUUCUCUCUCCAUGUGCACCUGAGCUGAUGCUACAAAACAAGGCCACGUGGAACUGACCAAUCAGAAGAGAGAAGCGCUCCGAUGCUGGCCUAGAAGGGGCGUGGUUAAAGGCGCGGACAGAAGUCUGAUUGGCUCCCGGAUGACUCACUCUUCCGUGCUGGCUCAGAGUGGUGCGCCUCGCUGCAGUGUCCCUUUACCUGAACUUUGGGUCUUACUUUAAAAAGACAGACUUUUUCAUGCAACUGAUUAAAGAAGUGAAGUAAAAAAGGUAAAGAAACAGACUCUAAUGUCAGAAUUUGGAUUUCUUCACUGUCUCAAUGUGCAACACUAAAGGUUUAACUCACGUUUGGAGAGAAAGACGCCAUUGUUGCGCGUCUGGGGCGAAAUUUACGCAUCAGCCUAUCAUUAAAAACGCUCAGUCACACUCUCUGACGCUCCUCCGUGCACGUGGAUCUACGUGCACAGAGGGCAUAAUUACGCACGCCCUCUCGUUCCCUCUCCCUCUCCUCCAUUAGCUCUCUCUCUCUCUCCACACACACACACACACUCUCACUCUUCGUGGGAGUUAGUGUGUAAGUAAAGGAAGGAAAGAGGGAAAGAGAGAGAGAGAAAGGGAGAGAGAGCGUGAUUCCAGGUCUCUCUCUGCUGCUCUCUCCACUUUGGGUACUUGUACCCAGUCUGACUCAAUGGGGCUUUAGCACUAAGGGGUUAAACGUUAAAAUAAAAGAUAUUUAUUCACCCCAAACCCCUUUAGUGUUAAGGUUUUGUGCAUUAACAGAGAGCGACAUAGGUAACGCUUCAGGGAGAGAGGUAGAGACGUCUCCAGAGGCGUGCCUUUUUGUCUGUUGCCUCACAGAAGGUUCAGUCGGGUCCCUGUCGUCGGCUGGCUUUCUGUGAGAGGAUAACUUCCACCAUAUCCUACAUUUACAGCUGAACCGGGCCGGCAAUCUACUGCAACACUAUGGAUACUGGAGAUUCUCCCUUCAGGAAGAAACGGAGACCAUGGCGCAUGGACUUCUCAUCCUUCGCCUUGGUGACCGUGGCGCUCGCCGUGUGCCAAACGACCGUGGUUCGUGCAGGUAAGAUACUUCCUCUUAUCACCAGCUGCCACACCAACAGAGCACAGGAUCACGUUAUUUAGCUACAUCUAAAUAUGUUUUUCUUCUCAAACGUUUCCAUCCUUAGCACGUCGACCUGGAUUCAGUGUGCGUAAUGAACGAAUCUUACGCACCUGAUAUGAUACCCUGUAGAAAUUUAGCCACAACAACCCAAGAACGAUAAACCUUGCAGUAUGUUUAUUCUGUCCUAAGGUGAAUGCUGCCAUCAUAGUCAUUGGACACAGUCGCUUCUGCCCUGAAUUCCUUAAUCAUCCGAAGGCGAGUGUGUUUCUCCCAAAGCCUUGAUUAGGAUUUACAAACAUAAGAUUUGUGCGUCCGAUAAUGGACCUAGAAAAUUAAGGAGUCUGCAUCUAAAAAAAUGUUCAAACUGAUGCAGAAAAUGGUGAUAAUUUAGGGCUUUCUAACAGAGAAAAAAAUCUCUGGACCUAUACCCUGUUGGAUAAAUGAUGCAGUUACUACACUGUGCUUUUCAGUGAUAGUUACUGACAUGACGCCCAUCAUCGUUAUCCAAAUUAAAGACGUUUGCCCUGGUUGCACGUUAUUUUCUGGGCUCUGUCCCUCUCGAUCUGCAUGCUGCCUGCUGACAGGUGUCAUCUCGACAAGUGUUCGGUUUCCCCUCAGAGUUCAGUGAUCUGGCUGCAGCAUUUUGAGCACUAUAGACUCGUCUUUUCCCAUUUCUGUAUCUUUGAACCGAAUUUCUUUCAAGAUAUUCUACUCCUAAAAUAGUCAACAAUUGUGCAGACGGAGCUCAUUUUACGCACCCUCAGGGGAUCAUGUGAUAGGACGGUGCAAAGAGCUGCAUUUGUCAUUUUUUAAAAGCUUUUUACCUUCAUUUAACAUGUUUAGAUUGUUUUACUCAGCUUAUUAAAAGUGAGUAUUGGAUGUAUGUAAAUUACGCAUUUGGAUAGAGCCUGCUAUCUGGAGCUGUGUGUGGCUGAGUGACUGUUUACCAGCCCAACCUGAGCACCAAUCCAUCCAUCACUGUCCGGAGAGGAGGGGUCUGCAUCCAGUUAGCAGGAUAUCUGACAACCUGAAUUAAUUUUAUCAUUUCUCCAACAAAUCACCAAGUUUGUGUGCUUUUAGUUUUAUUACUGAUUAUUACCCAGAUUAAUGCAUUAAUAUCAAGUUAUUUUACAGUGUAGGCUACUGUGAAGUUUGGCGUCCUCUCCUCACUCUCAGGUUAUAGAUAAGUUGACCCAAAGGAAUGAUCUGUAUGCGCUGCAGUUCCUCCAUGAACCGCUAGUGGUGUGGAGUUAUUUUUAACACAGAGGGCCUAUUGAUUCACCUGAGUCCAGAUCAGUUCAGAUAGCAGGACUCUGGUGCAUUAUGGUAGGCAACAGGCUAUUGUAAAGAUAGAAUAAAUGAGUGUUUAAACAUGAUAUGAAGUGGCAGUUUGAUUAAAAAAGUCUAAGUGGACCUGGAGCUGAUUGGAUUUUUUUGGUCACAGUAUGUUUUUCUGCGUAUGUAGGCUAGUCUGACUUCUUAUGGAGAUUUUGAACAAGUACUCGACAACAGUUUUUAAACUAAUUUUUAUUUUAUUCUAUUGUUCUUAGAAAUAAACCUACCAAAGCAGUUUCUGUGAACAUGUUGGUCUGAGUCAAUGGCCCUUUUUUCUCCGUCAGGAUAACUUGUGAAGACAGCUUAAAGACCAAGGGGUCUUUUGUAACAUAAAUUGCCCUCCUUUGGUGUAUUCUUUGGCCCCGUUUCCAAUUUCAGAUUUCGAGAGGCGAUUUCACCUUCCCGUCGUCUCCCGUGUGUAUUUUGGAGGCGGAAGCCCGAGACAUUUCUGCUUGGAUGAAUAGGUUAUUAUGCGGCGGAGCAGCUCGGUCGCAGGGCUUUGGGAGUGAAAGCUCUCAGUGUGUCCGUGUCUAUGUGGGCCUUGUACAGUUCUGUUUGUAUAUACGCGUCUGUAAGCUAUGGAUGUUGUUUUUUUCUUCUCAGGUCAGGGUGUGGAGAUGUAUGCCACAUCUGUGUGAAUGUGUCCCUGUGCGUAAAACACCAACCAGGUCUGAUUUCUCCAACUAAAUUAUGCUAAUACACGCGUCUUUCAAUUAUGGUAUCAUCGAGAAAGUCAAUGGACGCCCGAUAAAGCCAGUGGUUGUGCGCUGAUUGGCCAGACUCAUGUGCGCGCCGUGCGUUCCAGUGCGCGUACUAGUUAACGGAGCGUGGCGCAGCAGCAGCAGCAGAUGUUAGUGUAAACUCUAACAGCGCCCCACCCAGGCAGUGAAAGACCGAUUUAGAGAAGAAAGUGGUCAGAAACUUUCAUGUUUAUUCUGUCUUCCCUGGGAGAAUGCAGACUGGAGGAAAAGAGGGCGGGAUGGAGAGGCACGGCCAUCCGAGAGCAGCAGCAGCAGCAGCAGGCUCCGAGAGAGGCAUGAAAGCCGAGUUUGUUCAAAGGAGGAGGAAUCAGAGGGCAAUAUUUUCUUGACAUGGAUGUUCCUCAACCUCAUUUCAAAGCAGAACCUCCUCAAAGGGCACUCUGUCUCAGUCUGACUAAACAUAACCUCUCUCUCUCUCUCUCUCUCUCUCUCUCUCUCUCUCUCUCUCUCUCUCUCUCUCUACCUGUGAAUAGACUCAGUGUGGUGGCAGAGUGAGCAGAGCUGUGAUUCUUUGGAAGUGUGUGGUGUUUUUAGGUUCUCCUCUUUAUAUGUGACCCAGUCUGACAUCUGAAAUCUUGCUCUACUUUGUCAUAUCUUGUGGCAACAUAUAUCCAUAUUUGAUUUCUUUCAGGCUAAUGUGAAGGUUUGAUCAUUUUGACUUGCCUUCAGUUCAUCAAGUGCCCUAUCUCCAUUAGAUGUUGUUGCAAAAAUUACUUAUCAGACAAGACAAAAAAAUGCUCACCAAUGAGAGUGUAGUUCCAAUUAUUUGGUUGUUCAGAUUAGAUAGACGUCAUUUUUUCAAACUCAUUUAUCAACUGCCUCUGCAAACUUAGGUUUAGUUAUUGCAAAACGUAAGUGAGUAAGUAAGUAAACUUUAUUUGUAUAGCAAAAAAAGUCACAAAAUGCUUCACAUAGACAAAAAUAAAAAUGUACAUACGAAUUGAAAGGCCGAGACAACAACAUUAAACAGGCUUAGUAGCAACAAAACAAUUAAACAAAAGCCUUAGCAAAUAAAUAAGUUUUGAGUUGGCUUUUAAAGGAGUCAACAGAGUCAAUUAAGCGCAUUGAGAGAGGAAGAUCAUUCCAAAGCCAGGAAGGAUCGGUCUCCUCUGGUCUGAAAAUGAGUGCGCGGUGUGCAUUGCACAGCACCAAACUGUCACACACGCACAAAUGGUCAGCAGCUUUCAUCUGAUUAUCAUCUGGUUCUCCACAGUUGUCAAACCUUGGCCAUUGCACAACCCUUCACAAAACCAUUACCAAUAUUAGUCUUCAGAAGUAAACUCUUCCUCCUCAAAGCCACUAAUCUGGACUGUUAUAGGGCUGUAACUGGAUGCUUGACACAGUCUCUGCAGUCACUCAUAGAGUUCAGCCACAGAUUGUUUGAAUGAAGAGAUAACACUCAGAUUGUGGCUGUUCACUGAAAACAAGUAGAAGUUAACAGAGAGGAGUACAUAAAGGUUUCUGAGGCCUUGUUUCCAAACCAUGGUUUCCUCUCACACUGCAAGCUCGUGGAAGUCUUUCUCAGAUAAAACCACAUGAUCCCGGCAGACUUAAGGGAACAAAGUGGGUAGAAGAUAGUACUUACUUUUUUCUGGUUUCAUAGGUGAUGAUUUUGUGGUUUGGGUGUACGGAUAGUUAUGCGAUGUUCCUCCAAGGCUUUCUGUUUCAGCAAAAGAUGAACAAGGACGUCGGGAGAGUGAGCCAACUUCAUAAUGAUAGACUGUCUGUAAAGGAUGCUAUUCCUAGUCACUGUUAUUUUGUUGAUUCUAGGAAGUCAGUGCAGGAGGGUGCAGGGACCAGCUGUGUUUUUUUUUACAUGAAAUGUUAAUGUACAUCUCUUUUCCAGACAUUAAUAUGGCCUAUGUGGAAAUAGUCCCAAAUGUUGGUAUAAAACCACUGUCUGCACAGACUGGAAUGAGCCUCGGUCCAUUAUGAAUUAAAAGACAAAGAUUGCGUUCAAAUUGCAGGAAUAAUACUUUCAGUUUUAUGGCUUAUCUGAGACUAUUUGAGUUGAAUUUGUGCUAAAAUUUAUCAUCUUAUAAUACAAGUUACACUCAGUAUUUACUUAACCUUCUUAUUGACUCAGUAUUUCAGAUUGGGCUCAAAGUACCAGCAUGCAUCAGGAAGAAGACAGAGGAAAAACUCUGAGGAGGUAGCACCGGACAAACAGGGACAAAAAUAGAAAUACAUUUUUUAACAAACUAAAAUCAAGCUAAAACAACCUCAUGAUUGCAUCCUGUUAUAAGUGUUCAAAUUGUAUAAGGCUCCCCCUCAAAAUGAACAUGACCUUAAUUAACCUUCAGAAUGGAUCAACCAUUUUUUUUCCACAUAAGGGCAUCAUGAAGUACUCAUUGUGUGGACUGUGUUUAAGCAGGACCGAUCGGUGAAAGUCCUCAUGCUCUUGUUCUGCAGUGUAUCUCUUUAUGAGUGUUUUUCCACCUGAAUUAUACUCAUAAAAUCCUGCAGAAUGAAGGUUUUAUUUCUGAUGUGGGGAUUUCCACACUGAGAAGACAGUAAUGAUGAUUAUUGUGUGAUGCACGUCCACUGCUGUUACACUUUUCUUUAUUAUAACUUAUUUCCUCUGGUAAAUGCAGUUAUUCAGAUACCACCGGUCACUAUUUUUGGAGAUGUUUGUUUUCCUAAAAAGCCAUUGCUGGCACCUUGACCCUAAAUCUGUUAAGCUGUUCUGUUGACCAGUGUAUUGUUAAAAUGGAGAUCAGGCAUGUGCUUUAGCUGGACGUCUUUAGGGUUUACAAAACAUGCAGUAAAAAUCUUUCUGAGGGUUUUUGGGAAACUAAAAAUGAAAAGAAAUCAAAGCCGUUUUCAAGAGAAGAUCAUGAUUUAUGUGUUUUUGCUUUAAGCUUGUGAUAUUUGUGGAAUCUCAACAACUGGCCAAUUACCAUAAUGAUGUGAGUGGUAGAGUUUAAUAUUGAUCAAACCUAAAUAAUGUCACAGGCUGUGAAAUAGUCCGGGGUAUCAGUGCUUUUUCUUUAACUGUGCUGUGUUAAAACUGGACCCUUUGUGCAGCUGAAGCUGAGUUUGUCUGUUCAGCACAGACGCACUGGUGAGCCUCAGACAGGUUUCUAACCAGUGCCCCACUGACUCUUGCCCCACGUGACAGUACAUUACAGGGAAUCACUCACUGUGCCCUGCUCAGGGCCCUGUGGUUAAAUGUAGGCCUUGUGGUGUCAGUAUCCACCCUCAGAUCCAAACUGAGACUGUGGCCUCCAGCCCUGAAACCACACCAGGCUCCAGCAUGAUACACGUUGGCAGCACACACACACUGGCACAGACCACAAUUACAGUACAGCACACAGGGGACAGUAGAGGACUUUGGCAUGCGCUGGCUGCAGACUCUGAGUGGAGGGAAUGAUGAACCCACAUAAAAAUGCAGUACAAUAAAUGUUAGCACUGUCCUUUAGUGAUGAAUAAACCACCCAGACUGUGGGAUUUAUUUACCUUCACACUGCAGGGUGAUGAUGGUUGUAAAAACCCUGUUCGUCAUCAGUAGGUUUGACCUCAUUAUGAAGGAUCCUUCGAGUUUAGACCAGGUCUGUAUAUCAGUGACACCUGAAGCACCUGUGAAGAGUCCUUAGAUUCUUAUGAAACAGACUGGAUUUAACAGUGAUACCUUUUUAUGAUGUACAAAAGCAAAGGAGACCAUCAACAACAAAACUGACCUUUUUAAUGUUGUUAUUCUGAAUGCUUGUAACCGCUGCAGUGCAGUAGGUGUCAGACCAGAUGAUUGGCAGCACACUAAAGGAAGGAACAGUCUUGUUUUUACUUUUUUCCAAAUCAUAUAUUCACAGUGAUUGUUACAUUUGACUGUUAAAAAAAAGGAAUAAGAAUUUUCAUGCUAGGAAAACACUUUACAAGACCACCUAAAAGACAGAAGGUGCUGCUUUGUACACAGAGACACCGAAACUGACACAGAAAGACUUCUUACUUCAGUUUUUGUUGCUAUUUGACGUCUUGGUCACAAUUAUUAUUAUUUUUUUAAAGUCUAGUUUCAUUUUGGAUGUUUAGUUUCUCCUGAAGAUCAAGUGAGUUCGUUCCUCCUUUCAGUUAUUGCUCUUCGUCUAGGUCCCCCACUAUUCCAGCAAAACCAACUUGCUUUGCUAAACACAUUGCAACAUGAUGAGGAGGUGACAGUUUAAAAAAAGCGAGUAUUUGACAAUAUUUCAACUGAAAUGUGUCCGACUGUAUUUUAAAAACCCUUUCUCUCUUUUGAGCAAAGGUCUAUGAAUGCAUCACAACAACCUUGUCUGCAUGCUGAGCUUGAUUUAAACUUAAUAUUUCUUAUAACGCUCUUUAUAUGCACAGGUCUCAUUAUUUAGUUGCUUUUGUCGAGGUCUAAACAAGUUUAUUUUCUUCUUGAGACUGUUAUCUCCUUGUUCUCUUGCACUUCACUCUUGAAACUUCAUUUAUUUGGAGAUUUCAGUGGAACAUGAUGGUAGGAUCCCCCCACAGUCAUUUAUGUUUUAUUCCUUAAAGAUAUUUCUGUAUCUUCUCUCUCUUUUCGUGCAGCUAGUCAGACACUGUCACCUGCUGUGGCCCCUACAUGAUUAUAAACACAACCAAACCUUCAUUUUACUCAGCAUAAACAAUGUAAAGUCUAAUAACCCCCUUUUUACAGCAUGGGUACUCAUAAUGGAUUUUCUGUCUGUGUACAGAAGGCAUUAUAAAUAAAUCGUAACUAUAGAGCACCACGUUGAAAAUUAUAACCUACAGCAGCUCAUGUGCCUAACCAUCGUGGUCAGCUGGGUGGAUGGAGACACAGCUGGUGAUUUAGAAACAACUGGAGUUUAGUUUAUCCUUUCCCAGAGAUUAAAUCAGUUUAAUUUAUAAUCCCGUAGGAGAUAAGGUGUUCAUUUUUUUCUUAUCAGAGGCCAGAAAAUUAUACCGUAAUUGAUCAUACUUGAAAAUGCGAAGAGACUUGGUCAUUGAACGAGUGCACCGAUGAAAUUGUGUGUGUUUGUGUUAAUCUUUGGUCAAUAUUGCAGGUUCCUCCUGCUCUGUGUGUCUAACAAUGUAGUCGUUGUGUAGAGGUGAGAGGUGAGGGGUCAGCGUGUCAGCUGGAGUGAGUGUCUGGUAUUUGGCACAGCUUUACCAAAUGAGGAGAGGGUACAAGCACACACACACACACACACACGCACACAGACUUAUACGUGCACGCAGAGAUAGUUAGACAUAGCAAGUUUCUCUGAGGUGAACCAGAGAACCAGACAAGUCUGCACAUCCAGUGUGACUGCAAGCCUUGAGGUCAGUUAGAUGGCAUUUUGAUUGCAUGCAAUAUAAAUAGGGUUCAGUAUAUAAACAUGUGUAUGGUAUGUCAACCAUGGUUACGUUUUCUGUGUAAUUUUCUUCCUGAGCUGCCUUGGAUUUCUCUCAUUGCUUGCAAGGACACACUCCCAUCGAAAGACAAAGUGGAUUUAGUAAAAAGACUGAUUGAUGGAAUAUAUCUAUAACAUAAUUAUCAUAUAUUUCCCCUUUAAGGAAGAAUUUUCUCCUUAUUUCAUAUUUUAAUGGUGUCUAAUAUUUCAUGUAGGCUUUAAAAGGAUAGGCUUAUUUUCUCACUCAGCAAACUGAGUAAAACCAGAGUUUCAAAUUCUGAGGUGUUGUGUACACAUAGUCCAAACUUUGCCCUUUUGUGGUCAGACAUAAGAGGUGUCUGCCUGUAUGUGUCCUGUUCAUCACAUCCUUGGUUAGCUGACAGUGUUUACAGACUCUGCUUAAUGGUCACUUGUAAAGUAAGCAUUAGCAUUGUUUUUCUUUCACUCCUGUAAGUGUGUCUCUUUGCAUAGUGUGUGUACAUGUAAACAAGCAUGUGUGCAUAUGUGAAAAAAGUGUGCGUCUCACUCUCCAACAGACGGAGACUGUACUCUGUUAACCCUGUUGGCUGCCACUAAGCUCAUUAAAUCUAUUUUAGCUCCAUCUAGUGGCUGGUAAGAGGAACUACAGCGAUGCAAGCUGAAAGUUAUGUUAAGUUUGGUUUUAGCACAGAUCAUUUUUCUGUGUUUCAGCCAAGUCUGGUGUGGCAUAUGUUUCCCAUCAGCUGGGUUUAAGCUGACGGUCUGAAUGUUUGGUCAGUUGUGGGUCUUUGAGGCCGAGUGGGUUACAGUAAAACAGUAAAAGGAUUGUUUCACGUCUCAGACACCUGUUGAAAAAAUAUCCACCCUAUCGAAGAGAGUGCUAUUUUAUACUCCCAGCCCCUAUAUCAUUAUUGUAGAUUAUUUGUAUAGUAUUUUUAGUGAUUUAUAAUGUGCUUCAAUAAAAAGCUUAACCACAUGGGUGAAUAAAAAUCCGAACACACUCCCAGGGAAAUGACUUUAAAUCGAAUGAAAACAAGUCUGUGUUUCUGAAGUUGUGAAAAUUGUGUAUUUUGUAGAUUUCAGGUUUUAUUCUACUUUCUGUUUUCAUGCACUGCGACGACUUCUGCAAACUUUCAAGGUUUAUUGUCAUAGUUUAAAUUUUGCAUGCUUGCAGUCUUACUUUAGAUAUUGUUGCUAUAACAGAUCCUCCACAUUUUAAAACCAUUUAAGCGUGUUGUUGACAUUGGUGACUUUAUUUUUAGGUACAACGUUAAUCAAAUUGAAGAUAGUUAUUUUUAAUUUAGUUUGUCUGUUAAUGGUUUUGACUGCACAGACAACUCUUAAUGUGUAGUUACAGCUCUAACUGUGACGGUCCUCACGUGCCUACAAGCCCUGUUUCCUCUCUUAAUGAUAUCCAGUAAUUGGACUGCAUUAACAUCAAAGGAGUUGCCGCCAUCUGUGAGCGCUUAUAGGAAACACUGAUGGAGCGGGAAGAGUGAGAAGAAAGAGAGUAAAGAGCCCCCUAGCUUUCUGUUUUUCUACCUUGUCUAGUUUCAUAUUUGCCACCCCUCAUCUCAAGAGGAGUAAUGGUCCAGUUUUCACUGCCCAGGCUGUGCGAGUGUGCACCUCUGUGGCGCUGUGUGUUAUUUCUGAGGGUGUGUUUUUGUCGUGAUUGUGGUCCUCCAGGCAGGAAGGGCCCCGGCUGCAGAUGUGAGCCGGGCGGGCAGAGGGGAACAGAGCGGCACAUUGUAUUGGGUGUACUGGGGGAGCGCAGGCUGCAAUCUGAUCCAGUAUCCUGCCAUCACAGAACCACGCUGUCUACUGUCACUGCCUGACCCCCCCAAACACACACACUCACACACACACACCCUUCCUUCUUUCAUACCUCUCUCUCUAACUCAUUCCCAGCAUUCCUGUGCUGAUCUGUAAAAGUCUGAGAGAAUAUGGGAGAAUAUUCGUAGCUUUUAUUGUUCCUCUGGUCUUUAAGACUUGUUAAAGUUUUAAGAUUGCACACAGAGUCUGAAAGAGUCCUCCUUAUUGCCACUUUCUACCCUUGGAUGUCAUUACAUGUUACAGUCUGACCAAAACUACCAGUCAAGCCUUGAUGUAAAUGUCAAGAGAAAAAAGAUUAGCAUUUUAACUUUUAGGAACAUCGGAUUUCUGUCUGCUCUUUCUCUUUUUAUCCGCCUCUCCAUUCCCUCAUUUCUCACUGCUGUUCUUUGCCACCUCUAAGCAGCUGUUUUUAUGGAAGUUCCUGUUUUGGAUUGUUAAUGUAGCAUCACAAUACCGCUCAAUCUAACUCCUGUUUCCCUCUUUCAUACGUACAGCUUUUACAUCUUUCUCAUUCUUCCUUCCCUCCUAACUUACGUCUUUCCCUCUUAUUCUCUCCUCCUCGUCUUUUUCCCUCUGGUGUAGAGUGACGUUAAUGGACUGGUCUUGACAUCUUGAGGCAAUAUUAAUGCACCAUUUGCUCUGUCUGAAUAAAUAUUAUCAUCUGGGGGCCUGUUUGACCAACUGUUAACUCUGAGACAGUGGGUGUUACCUAAACACUAGCACCACUGAUAGGAUCGGUGUGAAUUCAGGACAAACGGGAGAAGAGUUCACAUUAAGGCCAGUAUAAAGUGGUUUCAUGUGGAUAUCUGUGCAUUGGGUCAGGAUUUAUUGCAAUUUAGUUAUGAUAAGGGGAAAUGCCAGCAGAGUUAUUAGCACUGUCAUGAUCCUGUUCUCUAAUGCUUAGCUGAAACAUUGGUGUUGAGAGGAUUGGGUGAUAAGUUGCACCCUUUGUGGUUUUACUCUUAGCAGCUUUUUUGUACCAGUUGGUCAUAUAGAAAGCAAACUGUUAUACACAGUUUUACACUUAAGAUUUGCUUAUGAAUUAUGAUGACUUUCAAAGAACAAGGAUAUUAGAGGUUUUAAAAAUGGCUGUUUAACAAUAAUGAAAAGAAAUGAGUAGUUUCAGAGGCAGCCUCACUGAAGUGCUUGGCUGUUUUCCUUAAUAAUUUGCUAUGACAUUUGCUGCACAGGAAAUCUAUCCCUCCCACAAUAAGUUUAUCACAAGAAGUGUCACAGUAGGGCUGUCUGUAAAUGAACCUUAUUGGCUAUUUACAGCAAAUGUAGUUCCCAGAAGGGCAAGCCAGCACUGAGGGAGGAUGAAAGGGUUGGUGAAAUCUGUGACUGCUUUCUGCAAAAGCUUGAAGACAAGAUACAGGAGCUGUUUUUGAAAAUCGUUUUCACCAAAUUUAGAUUCUCAGACUGCAAUUUAUUCAAUUGAGCAUGUGCAAGACUACAGAUUUAUAGCAUGCAACAGGGAUGUGUCUGACUGGGGCAUAAAGUCAUGUUGGGUUGAGGUAUAUGUGCACAUAAACAUAUACUUACGCACAAUCAGAUCACAUUUGACAGCUAGAGGGUGUAGCAUUUAGUGGCAUUUAGCAGAACCGAUUCAAUACAAAUGGAAUAUAAUAUCUAUAUGUGUUUAAAUUAGUAUUUAAUCACCUGCAUAUAAAAGCUGUAAAUGUAACGUAAAUGAGCAAAUUUAAAAAAAAAACGAAAUGUGCUACUUCUACAUUGAAUGUAUCUAUGACCUCUGUGACAACACUCCUACAGGAAUUAUCUAAGUGCUGCCUUUUUAUAUGGGGGCUUUAUUCUCUAACUCCUUCAUUUGCUGUACCUGGAAACUGUGAUUUUUUACUUUGUAGUUCUGUAAGUCUUGAGAGGAUUAAGAGAACUCACUUGGCAGGAAACAUCAGAUCUAAAAGACCUGUUAAGUUGUCCUUUUGCCUCUGUGAAAUUACAACUUGUACACUAUCAUCCUCUAUUCAGAAGCUUCAUUUUUACACAACAAACUGGGAUGCAUCUUACAAAAUCAUCUAACAAUACAGAUUUUAUUGUAAUAUGAGUAAUAGAUUAGAUCAAACCUGUAAAUCUAGGUGGUGUCAUUUCCAAAAUAAUGGCUGACAUAGUGAUUUGAUUGUGGAAAGAAUACUAACAAAAGUAAACCACAGAGCAGACUGAGGCUGGAGAAACAGGCUGGUUGACUCCACUGUGACGGUGCAGACAGAAUUGGAGCACUGUGUGUCAGGAGACAGGUGUGUGUGUCUCGGUGAACUUGAAUUUUUGUGUGUUCCAGGUGUGUUUGUGAAAUACCUCUGUUUCCUCAGACAAGAAUCCAUUUGACUCAGCUCUAUUACAUCAACAGCCACUUGUUUCAGUUGCUUGAUAAAUGUGAGCAGAAUAGAGGCCACUGUCUACACUGUGAUUUAAACUGAACCUUACUGUACCUGCCCUCCAGUGGUCCUUAUGUGCGGCUUGGACUGUUGCCCAUUUUCUCUGACACAGUGCCUCCCUUCUUACAUUAUGCCCAAAAGGACAGUGGAGGCCAUUGUGGACAUCCACCUGCUUCAAUAUCACAUCAGUUAUGUUGGAACAAUUAAGAUUUCUUUUUAGGUUUACUUUAAAAAAAAAAAAAAGUUUGAACUGUGCAGCUGUCAAUGUCCAGGUACAGACACUGAAGUGUUUUGAGUGAUCAGCCUGUCAGUGUGUAUGAAAUAAGCAGUCUAAAUCUGUUUAAAGCUGAAGCAAAAUCUCGCUGACUUAAUCUACAACUUUUCAAUCAGAGCUGCAGCAGGGGCCCAAAGUUAGAUAUCUUUAGUUUCCAGUCUAACCUUUCAUUUCUUCUCAGAAUUAGUGACUUACAUUUCAGGCUUUAUGGGGGGAUUUACCAUCUGCUUGUUGAAUUAAAUUGCUGUGUUAAGAAUAUGAUAACAGUUUUCUCUCUUACUUUCUUUUCAAGACCCAGUGGAUGUGCUGAAGGCUCUGCAAGUUCCCUCCCUCCCUGAGGGCGUGAAGAAAGUCCCUGGCUUCUGUACCUCUCGUCGAUCGAGCAGCCCUGAUCAUGCUUAUCGCAUCACCAAAAAGGCCCAGAUUUCUGCCCCCACCAAGCAGCUUUUCUCAGGUAAACUACAGCUGGAUUAGAAACCAUGUCAUUUGAGAUUAUCUGAAAACUCUGCCUUUAGGAUUACUGUCUGAAACAUUAUAGAAAAUAGGCUACAAGCUGAGCUGAAGAACUUAUAAUUCAACUACAGGUUGAGGGGUUCUUCAUUAUUAUUAUAAGUAGUAGUUGUGGUAGUAGUAGAAGUAGUAUUAGUAUUAGUACUAUGAGUAUUAUUAUUAUUAUUAUCGUUAUUAUUAUUAUUAUUAUUAUUAUUAUUAGCAGUAGUAGUAGUAGUAGUAGUAGUAUGCCUAUUAGUAUUUGUAAUAUCAGUAGUGGUUGUAGUAGUAAUAGAUAGAUAGAUAGAUAGAUAGAUAGAUAGAUAGAUAGAUAGAUAGAUAGAUAGAUAGAUACUUUGUUUUUUAGUUAAAUUAAACAAAUUUGGUGUAAGUGGUUAUUGUAUUUCGCUACGGGGACUGCACUGCCCGAAUCAGUUCGCAGUCAGCAGUAUCCAUGGCAACAAUCCCGGUAACUGCUACUAGCAAAGCUAACCGUUACUCAAAAAAACCAAGGCUGUGGGUUAGCUCAAACACGGUUUAAGACGGAAAAAAUUAAUAAAUAAUGCAUUGGAGUCUUGGGUUAGAAGCUAAAUGUGAACUGACAUGCAAACAGAUGUCCUGAAAAGGUCUGUAUGUGAAUAUAUUCGUUUUUGGUGCUAAUAAACCUUACUUAUUUGCCGCUAGCACCUGAUAUUAGCCUACAGAAAAUGCUACAGAAUAUUGUGAGAGUGACUAAUAGUUAGCUUAAUGUUUAAAUAUUCUCUGCUUUUUUUUCGCAUAUGACAGACUUUUGACCGGUUUCUGUGGUGUGAAUUUGAGAGCUCAGAAAUAUAGACUUAAGGUUACAGUUUUUAAUGUGCGCUAAGGAAUGUUUUUAGCGGAGUUUUACGAAGUUAAGUGAGACUUUUUGUACCCUGUGCGAGUUUGCUCUGGGAUAUAAAGGCUAAUUAUGUGUUGCAAAGCAAGAGCUGAGUAAAACUGGGAGGUACAUAUCAAAUUAACUUCAGCGCACUGUCUGACACCCUGGAGUCUGACACCACUUAUGUGGUUGUGAAUAAAUCCUCAAAAGUCAAAGCUAAUUGUCUUCUAAUUCUCUGAGAUUACCAUUCCUUCUCCAGCACUUACUACCAGUUAUUAUGUGUUCUCAUUUUCUAUGCCAAAUUCACACUGAACACAGAUAUCUGGACUUUAUUUAUAAAGCUUAGUUGAGGUGUUGUUUUCACUUUUACCCAUCUCUCGUCCACUAAUUUAUUUCUUAAUUUGUGCCCUUUUUUUGGGAGCUAUGUAUUUUUCUCUCGUGUUUUUCCCAGCCUAACCUCCUUCUUUCCCCUCCUGUAUUUCCGUCUGUGAUUAGAUGAAGGGCACUGCUCAGUUUAUUGUCCUUUAAUGGAUGCUUGUUUUCACCACUUUCUCUCUAAUAUUAACCCCUUUCCUAAAACACCUCAAACUAGUGCAGGAUGGGUCAUUGUUGUGCUAUAACCUCCUCCCUCCUUCACUGUCUUUGAAAUUCUGUUUCUCUCAUCCUUUACAAUAGGGCGAUUUCCAGAGAACUUCUCCAUCAUGGCUCUGGUUAAAGCCCAUGCCGGUCUCCAGGCGUUCCUCCUAUCCAUCUACAGUGAGCAGGGCAUCCAGCAGCUGGGCAUUGAAAUGGGACGCUCACCUGUUUUCCUGUAUGAGGACCAUAACGGCAAGCCUGCUCCAGAGGACUACCCACUGUUCAGAGGCGUCAACCUGGCUGAUGGCAAGUCAGUAACCAGCAACAACCAGUUUGUGACUGGUUGAGAUUAGAUAAUUGAAGUCAAUGUUGGUGUGAGUGAUUGGCAGGAAUAAAUGUGUGAAAGUUGGUUGGAAUACAUAUAAGGUACAAGGGUGGUUUGAUAGCAUCUUAGUCAGGCCUGUUUUCACAUUAGACAUUUAUUUGCAUCCGGUUCCUUUUCUUGUCUCUAGGUGGCAUCGCAUCGCUUUCUCUGUUUCAAAGAAAAAUGUGACACUGCUGUUGGACUGCAAAAAGAAGAUGACUCGCCCCCUGCCCCGUGGCAACAAUGCUGAGGUUGACACCAAUGGCAUCACAGUGUUUGGAGCCCGUCUGCUUGAUGAAGAGGUUUUCCAGGUGAGAAGCUUGAUAAGCUUUGUCAGCAAGUGAAGAGUUGUGCAGUUAUUAGUUGUGUGGUUGAUUAGUGGUUAGGUUAGUGGUCUCUGAUGUGAUUGUUAGCAAUUCAUAAGUUAAACAGACGUAUUUUAAUUUUUUUUGCACAUUAAGUUCUUGAUUAAAAAGUGGUGUUAUGAACCUGUCGAUGUUUCUGUUGAUCUGUUUUCCCCCAGGGAGAUAUCCAGCAACUGCUGAUUGCCUCAAACCCCCAGGCUGCUUAUGACUUCUGUGAACACUACAGCCCUGACUGUGAUUCCCCACUGCCCAAGACCCAGGCUCAGGACCCCAACACAUACGUGAGUUAUCCUCACCUUGACACAAGGCAUAUGAAAUCAACAUUUGCCUUUUUAUACAUGUGAAAAUGUAGGUAAUAAAAUUCUUAACUGCUUCGAUUAUUUCUAAAUCCAAUUCUAAGUCACAAAGGUUAUUGUGAGAUGAGGUUUCAGUAUCUUACACAAGUGAACACAUGGCCACAAAUAUAUCCAACUGCACAUUUAAGUCCUAAGUCCACUACAGUGCUAGUAUUAACCCAUUACAGAGUAUAUAUCCUCAGAUUUAUCCCUAUGAUAACAUAACAAAUUUGUAAAAUUGUAGGCUCAUCUGUAGUUCCAAUGAAGCAGCCCCAACAGAAUCCUGUGGAUUAUUUCUUUUUCAUUUCUAUGGCACUUGUGAAAAGAUGAAGAAAAAUAGAUCUAUAUAAUCAAAGAAAAUGAUUUGUUUUUCUGUCCACAUGCUGUUUCCCUUUAAACUGAAUGUAGAACCUGUUGAUGUAAGGAAAUACUGGUAAAGAAACAUAAAUAAUUUAGCUCAGUUGUUCGCAGCAAUUUUCAAAUUCCUAUUGCCUGAAAUUGCACUUUCUUAUUCACAUGUUUGUUUCAUGAUGUAGUUUAAUUACCUCCUCACGUAAAGGUUAUUAAAUCAACAAAUGGUUAAGUAAUAUUAAUUUGAUUUAUUUUAGAAAGGCUUUGCCACCUGAAAAUACACAUAUGCCUCAUGAGUAAAAAUAAAGGUCACACACCAGUGCCAUCUGUGGAUGAAAGAAAAGCCCUCAGAUUCAGUUUGGGUCUCCUGAUAUUGCCAUCAAAGUUCUGCUCCCACUCUCUGUCUUCUGAAUGCAUCCCCCUCACUGGCAAGAAUUUGUAUCUAUCUACUUUUCUUUUCACUUCCUCAGUCUGUGUGCCCCUGGGCAGCCAAAGAAAAAAAGACGCGUUAGACUUCCUACACAUCCUCCCCUCUAAAUAUGUGCACACUCUUAGUUAGUGAAUUUACACUCCAAUAGUUACAGCUGUCAUGUUUUUCUGCUCUAUUGCAGUGUAGCACAGAGAGGUAGGGGAAAAAGGAUGAUACAAGCCAGUGUCUUCCCCCAGUUGUUUUUUAUGGACUAAAAGAAAGAGAACUACUACAGUACUCAAAAGCUCAAGUAUGAUUGGUUCUAUGAUUAAAUUGAUAAGGAUUUGGCAUGAAGGUGGCUAAUGGUGGAGCCUAUUUGCUUACUGAGACUGGUUGUUUACAUUACAUACCUUUAAUGAUUUGCAAGUUCUACCUCAUUCUACUUUCUCAUGAACGCUAUGAUAUUUGGGAGCUGACAGGGCCCUGCCACCAGUUGUGGCCCAAACCUAAAGCAGCAAGGGAUUUUCAUCCACAUUCAUUCAUCUAAAGUACUUGGCCUUUGUUUAAACAACCUGCAUGCUGGAUCAGUCAACACAAAUAUUAUCGGUAACAGUAUAAGCUCCAACACUUUGUCUUUCAAACCCUGUCAUAGUCAUGCUUUUGAUAUGACUUUUUUUGAAUGAAUAUAAAUCAGCAGAUUUUAUUCAUUGGCCUUACAUGUUUCUUGAUUAUUUUUCUCAUUCAUCAGGAUUUUUCUGUAUUUUUACAAUAUUAGUCACAAUCGUUUUGAAACACCAGAAACUCCUGUUGAAUGAGAAAUAAGAAGCUUUGCAGUCUGUUAAAAAAUCCAUUGCUGACUCUUGCUCUCUGUCACCAUUUUUCCCUUUUGUUGCUUCACCCCACUUUUACCGCUUACCUUUUCUUGUCCCUCCUUCCCCUCUUCAUUCCUUCACUCAUCCCUUUGGACAUCUAUUCAUCCAAUUCUUUCAUACACUACCCUUCUUCUUUUCUUCUUGCUUUCAUGUAUCCUCAUUCACAUCUCCAACCCAUCCCUCCUUUCAUUCUACCAUCUUCAAAUCUUUCCUUCACCCGUCUCUCUUGGUACUUUGAUGAGGAACAGGAUGACCAUGAAUACCCUUAUUAUUACGAGGAAACAACAGACAUUCCCUCCUUCUCAGCGUCCCCCUCUCCCCACCCUGGGGCCCCCAAUCAACAGGUAAAGAGGGAGUAAGAGAAGUGGACAACACAACCAGGGUUUGUUGAAGGUAAGGAGAAUGAGAAAGAGAGGUAUUUCUUUCAUAAGGAAUGCUUAACUGAUAACAGCAAUUUAGCCUUCAAGAUGUUUAAUUGUGAACAAACUAAAAAAUUUUAGCGAUAGUAUUUGAUAAUCCACAUUUUCACUUGUGGUAUUUUAAAUGCCUCUUUCACCCCUCAUUACUCCAUACCUUCUUUGUUUUAAUGUGUUACCAUUUCCUGAAACUACAAUGACCACCCACACACUCACCUUGCAACCAUCUCUGCCAUGCACAAUUACCUGCUCUUAAUGAUUUGUUAUUUUAAAUGUCAUUUACAUGUUAUUGUUUUGAAUGUGUCCAAAUGUGGCCAAGUGGGGGCACUGUGGUUGUGUUGGUGCAGCUGUGUUGUUGUACAGAUGCACAGUUUUUCACACAAUUUUCUCCAGCCGGCACCUCGAUUUUCUUCACUCCUUCUUUAAAUAUCUCACCCUUGUUCAUCAUAAGCACAACCAAAUUCCUUUCUAAAUGGAGCAGUUUCAAAAACUUCAGCAGGGUGGUCCAAUUAAAACAUCUCCUGUGAGCGUUUUAAUCAAAUUAUGUUAGUCAUUGUGCAAAAAAUACAAAUAGCCUGACAGUUGAGAACACAAGUUACUAAUCUGGAUUUUUUUGACAAUGUAAAUUAAGGUGACUAAGUAUAAUUUCUUAUUUCAAUUUGAUCUGCGGACAUUUUAUCCAAACAAUAGAUUACAUGAUAAUCUUUUUGUCUUUGAUGUCAGAAUGAGCCCGCAGUAUAAAAAAUGACAUUUUCAGACCAAGUAAGACUAGAUUUAUUUCAAAUGCUGUACUGUGGCCAUUCACAUUUUAUGGUUCCUUCUCAGUGCAAUCAUAGAUACAAAAUCCCACCCAUAAGGCAUCAUGGUUGAUCAUUAAAAUAAUGAUGAAUUUGCAAUGCUAUUUAAUUAGGGAAUGGGUCAGAAUUGUCUUGUUAUUUGCAUGAUUCUUUAUUGUCUGAAUUGAAGUCCAUGCAUGCAUCUACUGUAUGUAUCAUCAGUUUCCUCAGCAGUUUUCAAGUCAGCAUGGGAAUGUCAAUGCACAUGUUUUUGUCUUGGUACUAGCUUUCAUGGUUUGAGUGUCACACCUUACAUUCAUACAUUAAGUGCCACAUUCCUCCUCAUUUGAAAUGGUUUGUGUUCAGUAUUGAGGACUUCGCCUUCAGAAUGAUGGCCUUUUUUAUCUUUAAGGUGGCUUGUUUAUACUGUUUAUUUGCAUGUGUUUAUAUUAUAGCGGUUUAAGUGUUAAGGCAUGAACUGUUGUUCUUAUUGAAUUUUUGGUUUUUGUAUGACUAUUUAACACGCAAUUGCAUGCAAGCCUGCCCCCUCCCUCGCUCUUUCUGGCCAAACAUCACUAACCUCCUUUGUCUUUACACAGUAGGUCAUAACAACAGUGUGUGUAUAUGUUCAAUAUGUAGAGUGUGUCUUCAGCACUAGCCUUACCAGACCUGUCACACCCUCAGUGCCUCUGCUAAACCACAGGCUACCAGUUCAUAUUAGCACAAAGAUGCUGCUUUGUCAUUUAAUAUUGGGAAUGGCAUUACUGGAGAGAUCAGCCAAAAAAAAGAAAGAAAAGAGAUCAAAUAAUUUGGGUCUGAGAAUGUGGACUUGAGAUUUAUUAUACUGACAUUAUAUUUGUUGGAAUUUUUUCUUAUGUAACUAUCUCUAAAGUUUUAAAAUCCUCUGCUGUAUCCAGUAAUGCCUGUACAGUCUCAGUAAAUCAUCCAAACCUUGGCCAUCUUUAUGUCAUUGUUUCUCAAAACAUCCACUCUUGUCUUUCUCUCUCUUCUGUCCAUCCCUUGUUGGUGCUUUUUCUCCCCCUCCCAACCCGUUUGUGUGUUUUUGUCUUUCUCAACUCUUUGUCUUUGUCAAUAUUCACUUUUACACAUUAUACAACACCCCAACCAAACAAUAAUUAUGGAUAUUAGAAGAAUGGCCCGAAUGGAAAACUGGCCCCCACAAAAGCCCCCCAUGUCAAAGCAAAACCCACUCCAGUUAAGCCAGCCAAGCCUGGGCAGCAGAAACUUGUUGUCAAGCCACCCAUGCCCACCAAGGCUCCUAAACCUGCACCAGCCAAACCAUCCAAAGCAAAGCCUACUGCAGUAGAAGUCCUCUUAUCUAAGAUCAAACCAACAGCAGCAGCUAAAUCUAAACCCACAGCUGCCCCAGCUAAGAAUGGUAAUGGCAAAGCAGUUGUUGAAAAGAAAGCCAAUGGUGCAGAUAAAGCCAGUGGCAAUGGCAAUGGAAAAGUAGCUGCAGCAAAAGCAAAUGGCAAUGGUAAAGCUACAGCUGAAGCCAAGCCCACAGUGCAGGCCAAAGUGAAUGGAAAUGGAAACGGUAAGGUAGUAGCUGAGAAGAAAGCCAAUGGAAAUGGAAAAACCACAGCAGCAAACAAGGCCAAUGGCAAUGGAAAAGCCACUGCUGUGUCCAAGACAAAUGGCAAUGGCAAAGAAACAGUAGAGAAGAAAGCCAGUGAAAACGGCAAAGCUGCUGUAGAAAAGAAAGCCAGUGAAAAUGGCAAAGCUACUGUUGAAAAGAAAGCCAGUGUAAACGGCAAAGCUGUUGUAGAGAAGAAAGCCAGCGAAAAUGGCAAAGCUCCAGUGGAAAAGAAAAUCAAUGGAAACGGCAAAGCUCCAGUGGAGAAGAAAGUCAAUGGAAAUGGCAAAGCUACAGUAGAGAAAAAAGCCAAUGGAAAUGGCAAACCUGCUGUGGAGAAGAAAGCCAAUGAAAAUGGCAAAGCUGCUGUGGAGAAGAAAGCCAGUGAAAAUGGCAAAGCAACCAUUGAAAUUAAAGAGGUUAAAGUAAAAGUUGAUGGCAAAGCUGAGAAUAAGGUCAAUGGUGAGGCCAAAGUUAGUGCUGUGGUAGAAAAAAAAGCUGUUGCUACUGGUGCCGCAAAAAUUGAAACCACUACAAAAACAAAGACUGAAGAAGUUGUUAAAGUAGAAAAGAUAGAAAAGACUGUGGUCAGUGCAGCUAAACCUGCUGCUAAGGUGGAAGCUACUAAGGCACCUAAACCCACGGCAGCACCAAAACCGGAACCUACAAAAAUGGCAAAGGCUGUGCCCACCAAAGCUCCAGAUUCAAAACCUCAAGGAAAGGCAGAAGUGAAAGAGGUUGUCAAAGUCAAAACUGUUGUCACCAAAGUACCUCUGGUCAAGACAACUGUGAGCAAAGCAGUGACCAGUGUUGUUGAAAAGGUCUCCAUCCCAAAGAAAGCAGCUCCAACACCUGCUCCUGUCCAACCAACUCCACCCAGACCAACCAAAUCCAAGGUGGUGGACAUUAAUGUCAAAUCCCUUCACAAACCUUUCCCACCUUUUGGCAAGACUGUGCUGAGUGGAACCACAAUCCCAGCGAAGAAAGUAACCAACGGUUAUCAACAGGUACAACAGGAGGACCCAUGUUUGGGUCAGAGAGUCCAGAGUUGUAUGUCCCAUCAUUCCCAUUUGCUGCCAGGUCUUUCUGCCAUCAAAGAUAUGCAACAAAAUUUUUGUAAAACCUUUAUUUUUUUUAAUUUUCUUGGGUACGUAUUUAUCUUUAAAAAUUUGACUUGUAAAAAUUUUGAGGGAUAUUCUUGAUGGCGGACCGUCUGGUUUUCAAAAUGGAAGUUGGUCCAUACCAAGCUGGUAUUUCCUCUGUUCAUAUAUCAUAUGAUCUUCAUGAUCACUCCAGCUUCUCCAUAUGAUAUGAUACAGCGGUGCACAUUGAAGCAUGGCUAAUAUUACAGUUUCAUUGUCCUUUACUUCACUUCAUACUCCUACCUUCAAGCUGCUCAAACUGGAUCUCAGAACCUGAAUAGACUCCAGCACUCUCUUUCUGUUUGGGAAAAUUCAUUAACGUACCGUUCAGAUGAAUGAGCAUGGAUUGUUAUGGCAUAAAAACUAGACUUGAUGAAACACAAGUACUGUCACAUUCUAUACACAGGCAACACAACACAACACUAACCCCAACUCUUCUGUCACUCUGUCAAUCUCUCUGUUUGUUUUCCUAAGUAUCUGUGUGUAUUUGAUUCUUGUUCCUUUGACUUUGGUAUAUUUGUAUCAAAUAUUAAUGAAGCAGUCUCACAGAAACAAAAAAAUGAAUACUUUUAGUAAGUUGUUAGAUGCAGGUAUCAUUAAAUGUUAAAUCUACAAAAAGUUGACAUGUUUGGUGAAAUGGUAAGGUUAUUAAUGGGUCAAAGAAAGUUAUCCAAUGUAUUAGCUGAUCAAGUAAAGCAACGUUUCUGUGAGGCUGCUGAUUGGGGUUGUAGCUCUGCUAUCUGGUCUUGGGUGAAACUAGCCAUCCCAAAGAGUCCAAUCAUGAUGUUUUCAUCUUUAGGGAUGGCUAGUGGCUUUCAGUCCUCCCAGUGUGAGCAGACUUCAACAAUGGGAAACUUUGGCUUUGUAAGCUUGAAAAUGCAAAAUUGUUCAACAAAGCAUCAAAAAGAAAUGUCAGCAAAAUAUUCUCAAUGACUCCCUAAAGAUUGCAAAUUGCAAUAUUUAUAGUGAUUGAGAUUUUCAAACUGACUGAUAUUUCUUUUUAAAAAUGGAUCCUCACAGCUUUAAAAGUGUGAGUUGCCUGUAAAAAUACAUUUGUCCCGGGCAACCACAAUUUUAUAAUGUGUUCCAUUUUCUUCUUUUAACUCAUUAUCACUUUACAAGCAGACUUUGAGCUAACCUCGUUCUUCCAUUCAAAUCUGCUUACUUCCUUCCUGCUCCCCAAUUCCUGUCAACUUGACCAAUCAGGAUGUAGACACUGAAUAUUCCGAAGCUGGCCACACCGCUACAGAGACUGAUUAUUACUAUGAGGAGAUGGUUCCACUGCCAGAGGGUGAGGUGGUUGGACAAGAAGAGACUCCUGUACAGGUAAAAAGGAAAUGACACACUAAUCUGUGACACAGAACAAGAAGAUAGAAUAGUCAUAAAACAAGCAGGUGGAACUGAAACUUUUACAUGAGACAUACGUUUAAGUUUAAUCCAAAUAUCCAAGUGGGUUUGCUUACUUUGUACUGCAAUUAUAAAAUAUUAGGAAUAACCAAGCAGUAAAAAAAAAUAUAUCAACAAGAGACUUUAAUCCCCAAAAGAAGAAGAGUUAAUAUCUGUGUGGUGGUGAGCCCAGUCUUUGUUGUUUAACCAAGUAGUUAUAGAACCAUGUCUCGUCUUACACUUACCCAGCCCCCCUUUAAUGUUGUGGUGGCACCGAUGCCUCAUUAAAAAAAAAGCCUUUUUUCAACUGAGAAUGCACCACAUUCAUUUGCUGGUAUCACCAAACAUUUUUAUGUGGCUCCUUUUUUUCCCUAACAGCAAGAUUCCUGUUUUGUUCUCAUCUCAUGAUCUAUCGUUGAUCAGGCUGUGAUCUUGACAUAAGAGCAAAAAAUCUUGUGAAAAAGGGAUCUGCAUAGAAAUAUUUGGAAUGCAUUUACAACCACAGACACAAAGGUAGAUGAAUAUUAUGCAUUCUUGUUAGUGUGAAAAAUCCAACUGAACUGAAGAAUACAGAAGUUCCUGUGGCUUCCCUUACAGCCCAAAACUUUCAGAAUUUGAGAAUCAGUUCUCACAGUUCUGACCUGUUUCUCACAGUUCACUUAGUUCAUACUCUUAGAGUAUUCUAACUAUUUUAUCUGUUUGAGUUUACUUUGAAGGUUUUUAUUUGUAAUUUUCCAGUUAUUUAUUUAUUUAUUGACGAUUUUGAUGAUCCAAAUGUUUUUGCACUUGUUGGCUGGGAAACGUGUUUCUUAUAUGUAAGAAAUGAAUGCACACAUUGUUUCACCAUUUAUAGUGAUAGUGCAUUGUACUUUGGAUAAAUUCAAUUUUGCAAUGAUUGACUCUUGAUAUAAAGCAACUGUACAAUUUUGCUGGAACAUCCAUGGUAAGUACAAUAGAAAAUAAAACAGCUUUUGCUUUAAACAUCAUAGUAGCAACUUGUUUUCACAAAGUUCCUCAUAUCAAAUCUGUGUGUCGAAGGAAUUUUAAUGUGGAUGUUAAAAGCUCUUCUUCCUUCUUAAGUGUCUGAAGAGUCUUAAGGCAAAUCCAGAAAAAAAAUGUUUAAACUCUACACACAAGCUGAUGAUGAUAUUCUUUAUGAAAACAUACCAUAGUGAGGCCAGCGAUAGCUGAUUAACAGAAAAUUAAAACCAGAAGAGAAACCUGCAAAUUCAAAAUUCAGCUUAGUGACUCAGUCUGAUGGAAACAGAGUCCCUAUGGUCUCCAAGGUGUCUUUUUGUGUUUUGUUCCUAUUUCCCUGUUUAUUUUGAAAAGGUAAGACUCACUUUUUUCUAUAUAUGCUUCCCUUGUUCUUAUCUCUCUGUGUCAUUCUGUACUUCCCUGUCCUUUACUAACAUUCCUCCAUCACUCUAACCUCUCUCAUCUUUGAAUCGCCAUCUUUUCUCUUGCAUCUUUAUUUCUUUUCCCUGAACCAUCCUCUCUUGCACCUCUAUCCUACCCUAUUGUGGCUCUGAUAAACCCACCCAGCCUCAGGAGCCAUCGUUGGUGGGAGAGGAGGUGGAUGCCACCAAGGCAGGCGGUGUGGGUGAGGAGGCCUUCACUGAGGAGUAUGUGACUGGGGACGUGGGCCUGAAGGAGUACGACUAUUCGUAUAGAGACUACAAUGAGCCAUUAGUGGAUACAGGAGAGGUCGAUGCCAACAUGGGCCCCGCCCUGUCUGCUGUGACAGAUGAGGGAGGCGUAAGUAGUUUUGCCUUGUAGGCAAAAAAAAAAAGUCAGUUUCAACCCACUGUGGAUCCUGGUCUUGGUCAGAUCAUCCGCAGUCUUCUCUCAAAUGGUGAGAGUCUGCCAUCAGUAUAUUUUAAAUUGAAGAACAUGGUUUACUGUGGGGAAGUAUACCUACACCCUGUAUGAGCUAGGAAAAUUCUAAAUGGACACUUUGGUUGUAAGCUUUCCUUGCAAUCAAAUUUUAUGCCAGGCAAAGUCAAUCAUUUACAGAAUACAUCCCAAAUGCUCGAAGGACCAAGAUCUGUUUCCACAUAUCAGUGGUUGAAACUGAUGUCAUUCUACCCGAUAAAUAGCAAACCCAGGACCCCAAGAAUAAAGCCAUACUUCUAGUUUAAGCUAUUGGGGAUCCUGACAACCUAAGAUAAGAACUACAGUUAUGACAUGGACUGCAUUCAGAGGUACUUAGAAAUACGGCAGUGACCAGCUGCUGUAUCUCCAGUCCUAGAUGCAGUUAAUCUCAGUGUAUGGCUUCACAGAGCUGCUUAGCCCAAAUGUUUCUGUUUCUCAGCAAAUAGAACUACAAGUAAUGGACCAGAGUCUGGAUUGAACCAGCAGUGUUUCUGCUUUUCUCAAAAGCAUAUCAGGUUUUCAUCAUUGAGUUUUCCACACUGAAAUGAUAGUGUUUGAUAUGCAUCAAACCAAUGCUGGUGUGCAUAUGUAAGUUUAUAUUUAUCUUGGUCUAAAUGCAUACAGACAUUGUCAUAUGCCUCCUCUGAGUUUGUAUUUUUUGUAUUUAUUUUCCGGCGCUGCUUCUAUACUGACUACACUGUGUUGUUGGCUACAUAUCUGUUUUCCCCAGGCUGCUGUCAGAGGCCAGAAAGGAGAAAAAGGAGAACCUGCCGUCUUGGAGCCUGUAAGUUACACAAUUUCUUUGAAACGCCCUUCCUAAUGCAGGUGGACGUGCCUUGUGACAGAAAAAACAAGGGUCAGGGAGUCAUUUUUCUAGCAGCUCCAAAGAUCUGCACUAGAAAACCUUCAGUUACAAUCCAGUUUUUUCAAAUCUUCAUUGAACAAUUGACAAAGUGAUCCAUGAUUUGUCUGUGUGUGACUGCACCAUAUUUUCUCUGUUUUUAAUAACAUGACAUAUAUGUCUAAAUUUGAUUACCUCCCUUGUUUGAUCACUAGUAGACUCGUGUGAGUCAGUUUAAAUGAGUCAAGUCUGUUGAGUAGCUUUUAAUGUGCAAUCAUUAUGUUGACAAUUUAACUGUGAUUUUUUCAGGGUAUGCUAAUUGAAGGACCUCCAGGACCUGAAGGACCUGCUGUAAGUAAAUCAUGGUUAUUCCCUGAUUUUCUCUUUAAAGACAUUUGAAUAAUCUCUGAAAACUAUAACAAUUCUCCUGGAGUUUACUCUUCUAUGUUUAUACUUUUAUACUCUGUGCCCUGAGUUAUCAGCAGCAAACUUUUGUAGAGCAAUUUGACUAUUUUUUAUGGAUCGGUGCUGUAUAGAGAUUAAUUGAUUGAAUACUGAAGAAUUCCUCCUUCACACCUUUCAGGGUCCAACUGGUCCCCCUGGCUCUUCUGGACCUCCUGGUUCUGUCGGUGACCCUGGUGAGAGGGUGAGUGUUUCACUUUAUCGGAUGAAGUGUGUGUACAGACAACUCUGUGACAUUCUUGGAAAUUGCAGAUGUGUUGCGCAUAAAUAAAGUAACUUAACUUCCACCUGUCCUGGAACCUGCCUGCUCAAACCUCUCUCCCUCCAUUCUCCAGGGUCCUUCUGGUAAACCUGGUCUGCCAGGAGCAGAUGGAGUCCCAGGACCUCCUGGAACCUCUGUCAUGCUUCCUGUGAGUCACACACGGCUUUCCAUCCUUAGGAACCGAUACUCUCUAAAUGUUCAUGGAUGAUGAUGUUAUUUGCCUCAGCUUUUUGUCUAUGCUAAAAUACUAGACUUUGUUCGAUAUCCCAUAAAGUUCUGUAUGAUGCUGGCUCAUAAUCAAUAAUGAAGUAUCUAUCCCUCAACAGACGUUAAUUUGAAUCACAGCUACAGUUCAUAGAUCUACUGUCAUGUUUUGAUUCAUUUGACUCAUGAGUAUUUUUCUGCAUAAUGUUGAGUGUUUGCUUAAAUUAGCCUCCAACUUACAAAUAGGAAUAGUAUCCACUCAUGUAGUUUUAAUGCUUCUGUAUUUUCUUUUUACAGUUCCGUUUUGGACAGAGUGGAGGAGAUAAGGGUCCUGUGGUUUCAGCUCAGGAAGCCCAGGCAGCUGCCAUCUUGUCUCAGGCCAGGGUCAGUCAUCACUUCUACUCCACAUUUCCGCUGUAAUUUUACUGCAAUGAUCACUGCAAUCAAGUCCUGGAUUUUAGUCACUAUUUUCUGAAAACUAGUUGUCAAAAGAGGGAUUAUGAUGUUCAAGUCUGAGGACAUUAUCAUCCCUUUUUCCUGUAAAUGUCAAAAAGACCCUUAGCUUACUGUUGUAAUGCAAGACCACAGGUGUUAUUCCACCGUGGGACCCUUUACCACAUCAUUCCCCUCUCUCUUCUCCAGUUUUGUGUUCUGUCCACCAUCCUAUCCUGUUGAUAAAGGCAAAAAAAAACAAAAUGAACUUAAAAUUGUCUUUGUCUUCAGAUGGCUCUGAAAGGACCUCCUGGACCAAUGGGAUUCACCGGGCGCCCCGGACCCCUGGUAUUUAACCUUUCAUUUAGAAUUUAGUCAGUAAACUGUCAGAUUUGCAACUUAUUAUUCACAGCACGAAAAAAUUGGAAGGAUUGAUACUUGUUAAAAACCGAUGAUGACAGUGAUGGUUUUUGUUUUUGUCUUAGGGAAAUCCAGGAAGUUCUGGUCUGAAGGGAGAAAGCGGAGACCCUGGCCCACAGGUUAAAAAAAAUUACUCUUUUAACUCAAAUCAAAUUAUACCUUUUUACUAAUUUCUCCUUCAAAUUAUGUAAUCAACCAUUUUUAGUUUACUGAUGUUAAUGAUAUUGAGUUUAAAGCAUGAUGCAUCAGUUCAGCUCUAUUACAGGCAUUUAUUAAAAACAUUUCCUGUGUUUUUAGGGCCCAAGGGGACCCCAGGGUUUGUUGGGACCUCCAGGAAAAUCAGGAAGAAGAGUGAGUAACUAACUUUCUUUGCCAAAUAUGAAAAAUAUAGCCUAAUACUACACAAGAGAACAUAAGUAUUUGCCAAGUGGUCCAACCCUCUCUCAUUUUAAAACAUGCGUACUCCUAACAGGGUCGUGCUGGAGCUGAUGGUGCCAGGGGGAUGCCAGGAGAGCCUGGGACCAAGGUGACCUCUUCCUGUCAUUUAUUCAUGAUCAUUUCUAAAACCAACAGGAUUGGCUAAUGAUUUUGAGAUAUCCAGUUUAUACUGGCUCCUAAACAAAGUAGUUAUAAUUCCUUUUGCCUCUUGUGUCUGUGUUAGGGUGAUCGUGGUUUUGAUGGCCUUCCAGGGUUGCCUGGGGACAAAGGACACAGGGUGAGUCAAAAACCUACCCAAUCAAAAUGCCACAAACACUAAAAUCAGUGUUAUUAUCAUUAUAAGUUAGGUGUAAAAAGAGAUAGAGAAAAAGAACAUCAUUUCUUUGACAGACAUUAGAUUGUUUUAAUCUUAAAUUGCUGCCAAGAUGAACCUGACCAUUUUUUAAUGAUUACUCUGUCAUCGCUUUUUCCUCCUCCAAGGGUGAUACAGGACCAUUGGGACCCCCAGGACCUACUGGAGAGGAUGGAGAGAGGGUAUGAAGAUACCAGAGAAUUUAAUGUGGCUUCAGCACUACACAGAGCACCUGUUAUUGUGUCACUCCAUUUCUGUAGAUAAUGAGCAUCUCUUUGUUUUUGUGUGUUUUCAGGGAGAUGAUGGAGACGUUGGACCCAGGGGUCUCCCAGGUGAACCAGUGAGUGUUUCCAUGACAACAUAACCAAUCUCAAAUCCCCCCACUUUUUUUGUCUGGCCCUUAAGCUUUUCUAUUUCGGUUUGGAACAGCACCCCAUAACUCGUGUCAAUAUAUCUGUUGUUAGUACGAUCGCUGCUAAAGUCAAAGAUACCUUAACUAGUCUGGGUGUAUUAAUGUGUAGAGAAGCUGUGGAGAUGUCAAAGGUCAUAAAAGAAGCUUGUUUGCUGUUAAAAUUGAAUUAAAGCUUUUGUUAGUUUUUAGUUGUUUUAGUAGUAGUCUUAGUCUUAGUAGUUGUUAGUUUGUUAGACCUGAGUUUAUAUUUAGUUGUAAAUGAUUGUUCUUGUUAUUGUAAUCCUGUUAGGUUGUUUAAAUUUAUCUUUCUGGCGUUUUUAUUGCUGGUUGAUCUUGGCUUGUAUGUAUGUGUGCCUGUAGGGACCUCGUGGUUUGCUGGGUCCUAAAGGUCCUCCUGGAAUCCCCGGACCUCCUGUGAGUAAAAACAAUUUCAAACCACAUUGUCUGCUUUUUUUACAGCUGCAUUGUCUUAUUCCUCUGUGACCUCUGAGCACCAACUGCAUGUUUGGAAACAACACCCUGGGUCCUGAUAGCAAAAUAAGACAUGGGGGUACCCAGAAUCUAAAAACGUAGAUGUCAUGGUCCCAUAAUCACUUCAAAACAACAACAGGACACCCAGUGUCACCCAGGAUUUAGGCGACCAAAGCCAUUUUAACACUCAUAUAUCUUAUGACAUGGUUAUUUGGCUAAAGUGGUUCAGCUCUGCCUUUCAGACACACAAAGAACAAUACUUAUUGGAUACAAACCGUUGAAGUACAAUAAGGUAUCUCCUUUUUUGGUCACAAACAUUCUUCCUAAACGUAAUAAUGCGAUCAGACAACCAGCAGUUGAUCAGAGAUCAGGUGUCCUCUAGUAGAAGCAGAAAGUGUAGCCUGAAACUGCAAGUCUUAGAUUAUGAGUAGUCUUUGAAUAAAUUAUAAACUACUUUUGUCUGAUGCUCUUUUCUUACUCAGAAUCGUUUUUUUACUUCCCAUUUAAGUACCUCUUCUACACAUCACAGGACACACACUGUUCUGCGCUGUUAAUGGAGUUGAACAAGGCACUCUCAAGUAUAGCAGCAGUUACCUCUGCAGAUAAAAACAUCGUUCUUUAGAUAGAAGCCCUCACUAAGAGAGUUGGUUAUUAGUGACUAAAACCGAGUCUAAAUUGUGUUGUACUCUGUGCAUGGCUGACCAUUUCUGUUUGUCCUCUCUCCCUGUUAGGGUGUACGAGGAAAUGAUGGGCCCCAUGGUCCCAAGGGAAACCUGGUCAGUACUCUUACAAAUGAUCAACUAUCUGAUCAUGUGAACUUGUACUUUUGAACCAGCAGAUUAUCAGUAUCACGCAUGAAAAAAAUCUUAAUUUCUGUUCCUUCCUCUAAGGGUCCCCAAGGAGAGCCUGGACCCCCAGGACAGCAGGGAACCCCAGGAACUCAGGUGAGACCGACUGGUAUUAUACACUUUUGUCUCUGUCUUUCUUGAGCAAAUCAUUGUGUGCUGAUGUGUUCACAAUUAUAAAUGACAAUACUGAAAAUAUACGCUUCUCUUGUAUACAAAACUUGUCUUGUGUGUUUGUUGUUUUGAUGAUUUAUAGGGAAUGCCAGGACCUCAGGGAGCAGUCGGACCCCCAGGAGAGAAAGUAAGGGCCAAUGCUUUGUUCAAGCUACCAUGAUGUAUGAUAGAGCAGUUAUCUUGUUUGGAGAAAUUAUUCCAGAGAUUGAAUAUGACUGACUUUUUAAACGGUCUCAUUCAUGGAGGAUACUGUGGAUAGGAAUGGAAAAAGGCAGGAUUUUCAGAGGAUCUGCUGAGACAGACAACAUUUUAUGUCUUUUGGAGAUAUAUUAGAUCAGGUCAAAUGGACAAAUACUUGCCCAGUUCAAAGUUAUCCCUCUCACUUUAUUAACCUGAAGUGACCCAAGAGUUUCAGACGUAAGAUCCCUGCCCUCUGGCUUCAGAGCUCUGACCAUCUUGCUUUCUCCUCAGGGUCCCACAGGAAAACCAGGUCUGCCAGGAAUGCCUGGAGCUGAUGGACCUCCUGUGAGUGUUCUCUUUUUGUAUACUGAAAACUAAAUCAGAUUGUAUCUAUCAACACCGACUGUCCUUCUUGAGGUUUUGAGACCCCUUCUCUCUUCUCAGGGUCACCCAGGAAAGGAGGGGCCUACUGGCACCAAAGGAAACCAGGUCAGUGUCAAUAAUUAGCAUCAGCACCACACUUCAAACUUUUCAACGGACAAAAUCAAUUCACAGACUAAAUAUAAGUUAGGGGACCAUGUCACAUCUGUUGGAUGAGGUACACUGAGUAAGCCUUUGUUCCAAUAGAUAUUCAAAUAAAGUGACACAAAGCAUUUUGACUUUAUGGUGUGUUUUGUAUCAUAAACCCAUUUUUCUUUGACUUUCUCCAGGGUCCCAAUGGUCCUCAGGGAGCUAUUGGCUAUCCUGGGCCUCGUGGCAUCAAGGUGAGUGGAGUCAGGUUUUACAAAUCAGCUCACAGGUUUUAUGAUGGUCAGGUCAUUUUGUCAUGUCUGAAUUACUUUUACUUUGGCUGUAAUAAGUAUAAGAUUUGCUAUCAAUAAGAACAAACCAACAGAACAUUUAAACACCAUAAAGCAUUUCAGUGUAUUGAUUAUUUAAUGCUGUAAUUUUAGGGAGGUCAAGGUAUCCGUGGACUAAAGGGCCACAAGGGAGAGAAGGUAAGUGAUUCAUUACAUCAAGAUAUUUCCAAAUAUACAUCACUUAAUCAAGGAGUAGCCUGUCAUUAAUCACAUUUGCAUUGUGCCAAUAAUUUGUGGUUUUGUAGCUCACUUACAAUAACAAUAUGUUCAGGAUAUGCCUGUGUCUUUAUUAAACAGGAGUUUGAUUCGGUUUUUUGCUGAAAAUGUUCUGUCUGUUCUUGUUUGUUUGUGUUUUUAGGGAGAAGAUGGUUUCCCUGGAAUUAAGGGAGAUUUCGGUGUCAAGGGAGAGAGGGUAAGAUCAAAAUCUGGAGAAACUGGUCUAUUGAUUAGUUUGUUAACAGGGGGAUUGUUGGAUUAAUAAAAGGGUGUAUAACUGACUGAUAUGUUCAGUACCAUGAUAUUAAGGAAGAUUUUUUUAUUUGUUUGAAUGUUUUUUGUUUUGUCUCCUGCUCUCAGGGUGAGAUUGGAGUCCCAGGACCCAGAGGAGAAGACGGUCCAGAGGGGCCAAAGGGUCGUAUUGGACCCCCUGGUGAGAUCGGGCCACUUGGAUUAGUCGGAGAGAAGGUACAACCUAUUCAAUCUUGUUAUUUCCCUGUUUUCUUAAAGUUAAGGAAAUAACAUGCUGCCCUCUUGUGGUUAUAUAUGUAAGUGCACUUUUAUGAGACAUGAAAAUUACACAUGGCACAUACAGAGCUUUAUAAUCAUUCAGUGAAUACAUUUGGACAAAACAUAAACAUUUAAUUAAGCUUUUUUUUGUACAUUUUAAUGCUAGCUUCUGUAGUUGCUGCAAAUAAACUAAUUUCUUCAUGAUAUUUUUCACCUUUUUUGUGUAUUAUAAAUGAAUCUGAAGCACACCUCAACACAGAAUCAGAUAGUACUUGAUUUUAGUCAUGUAUUAUUUCAUGAAUUCAGGUUUUUUUCUCUUAUGAAAUGAUUUACUCUGUGAAAGGUUUAUAGUAUCGAUUCAGAAUUAUGUAAUCUGAUCAAGUUGAAUAUUAGUCAUGACUGGUUUUAUCAUGUGAUUUCAGGGUAAACUUGGUGUGCCUGGACUUCCUGGAUAUCCUGGGAGACUAGGACCAAAGGUGAAAGAAACAAAUACUUUGAAUCAUCCUAAUAUAUUUAAACGUUCAAGUGAUGACCAAGGCUUUUAUGACGAUAAACACCGCUAAUGUAAGUAUUGAUUUGGGGUUUUUUUUAGGGAUCUCUUGGAUUCCCAGGAUUCCCUGGCUCAAACGGCGAGAAGGGAACAAGGGUAAUUAAAUUUUACUCACUCUGCUCAGAUCUUUAAUUAAAACAGUCAUCAGUAAUGUCAUUGACGAUAGACUGAAGGAUUGUGUAGGUUGAAUACACCUUUGUAGUCAGCUGCAAAAACUAAUUGUCAUACGUUUUUGUUUGUUUGUUUUUUUCAGGGUCUAAGCGGCAAAGCAGGGCCCAGGGGACAAAGAGGACCUACGGUACAAUUUCACAUUUAAGCACUCACAGUUAGUUUGUAAAGUCUGUCCUGUAUGUCUGAUGAAUGACUUUGAUCAUACUUGAUAGACUCACGCUAUGAUCUCUGAUUUCAUAGAAGAGAGUAACUUAAUACAACACUGAGAAAAAUUGUAAAGAAACUUUUACCUUUCGAUACAAAAGUUACACUCUGUUGUGUCUGUAAUCACACCUUGUGGCGAGGCCUGUAGGGUCUUGUUGCUCAACUGGUCAUCACUGCUGGAGAGUGAGAAAUGAAACAUACAUAGUUUAGUAAACACAUUUUAAGAGGAUCUAAUUCUUCAGUGCCGAUUUGAUCAAUUUAAAAAUUCAGUGGACGUCUCAGUCUGAUGAAGCUGUGUCAUUUUUCAAUCAUCUUUUCUGUGUUUUCAUGUGUUCAUCAGGGCCCCAGAGGGCAGCGCGGACCAAGGGGCUCAACUGGGAAACCAGGAGCAAAGGUUUGUCUGACAACAACUUUGUAAAGACUGUCUGGAACUGUCUCCAGCUGUUUUAAUGAUGAUUACUGUUGGAAAAAAAACAAUUCUAAUUUGUUAUUGAUGAUUAAUAUAAUUGCAUUGAUCCAGCCAGAACCUCAAAGUUCAAUAUUUUGGACUCAUUCAAUCGGUGACUCAAAUUACAUCACAAUGUGAUUUUAAGGCUGAGCAGUUCAUGACACAGCUCUGUUGUAAGCAGUGUCCUGUGAUCCAAAACCAGAUUUUUUUAAUUCUGUGUAUUUUUUGUUUUUUAGGGAACUUCAGGAAGUGAUGGCCCUCCUGGUCCUCCUGGAGAGAGGGUGAGUACUUUAUAUUCAUUUUGGUCGUCAUGUUCUGCUGCAGAGCACUUUGUCAGAGACAGAUUUAAACCUUUGACUUAAUUAGUGAAAUUACAUGUUAAAAUAAACUGAUUAAUUGCCUCAGUCUGACUGAAACUGAACUUUUAAAAAACUUGUUAACACAUUAGUCUGGCUUAAAUCGCACUAAAUCAAACUUCUCAUAGUGGGACUAACAUACAACUCAGAUAACAAGGUUAGGGAUUAAUUCCAUAUAUAUGGAUCAAUCAAACUGAUUAUCGUCCUCAUUGUUUAAGAUUGUUGGAUGACUGACUGCCUGUCCUUGGUCUUCUUGUGUAUUCUAAUAAUAAUAAAUACAUCAUACUUUAUCGCCUUAUCAGGGAUUGCCCGGGCCCCAGGGAGCCAAUGGAUUCCCCGGACCAAAAGGACCUCCUGUAAGAACACAGUUCACUCACAUUUUAAUGGCCUUUAACGGUGGCAUUACUUGGCUUUUCAUGAGAUUAUAGACCUCUCCAGCCAUGCUCUUGGGUUUCAUGUUUCCUCUUUCUUUCUCUCUCCUCUCAAGAUGAAGAUAUCAUUUGUAUAUGAAGGCUGAUUGAUGUUUCUUUACAGGGACCACCAGGAAAGGACGGGCUGCCCGGACACCCAGGACAGAGAGGAGAAGUUGUAUGUUUUUUUUUUUUUUGUUCUUCCUUGAUAUAAACUCAUGAUUUAAAGGUUGAAACCUCAGCAUAUAAAACACAGUAUCUGUAGUGCACAUAGAAAAUGAAGUGACCUGUUUAAAGGCUUUACAGUCUGAGUAUUCAUCAGGACAGAGAUUUUUCUAAGGCACAGUGCAUCCUUCUGAUCUGUACAGUAGAUUUAUAUCUUUAUUUGCACAUUGUUCCUUUUCUACCUAGCAACUUGGAGAAUAGUUGUCAUUCAUUGGAAAGCUCUUCAUAUAUAUCAUCUGUGGAUUCUCUGCUCACUGAAUUUCUCUCCUCCAGGGUUUCCAAGGUAAAAUGGGUCCACCUGGGCCUCCUGGAGUCGUGGGACCUCAGGUGAGUUUUUGAUUUUGUUAUGAAGAGCGUUCUUAAAUUUUUCUGCGAUCACAUUGGUUUUCAAAAACUUUACAUUUUGUCCUCCGUGCUCACUUCUCUCCUCAUCUUCCCAGGGUCCAUCUGGAGAGACAGGCCCAAUGGGUGAGCGUGGCCAUCCCGGACCCCCAGGUCCACCUGGAGAGCAGGGACUUUCUGGUCCAUCAGGGAAGGAAGGUACCAAAGGAGACCCUGGACCCCCUGGGGGCCCUGGCAAAGAUGGACCACCGGGUCUGAGAGGCUUCCCUGGAGAGAGAGGACUGCCAGGAACCCCUGUGAGUAGAACAGAUAGGGUUUUGUCUGCAAUGAGCAGUUGGAUGGAAAUAAACUGAAUAAAAGUGUGACACUGAGAAAUUCAGGUUGAUCAAUCACUUUUGUCUUUUCUUCUAGGGAGGUGGAGGACUGAAGGGAAGUGAAGGGCCCGCUGGACCACCUGGACCUGCUGUAAGUUUGAACCCACCGGAAAAUUUAAUUUUCCUGGAAAAAAAAAAAAGAAUCAUUUUAUCUGGUUAGAUGGAUGCUCUGAUUUUAGUCACAACUGUACAAGUACAUCCCGUUAAGAAUGAUGUAUUUACUGAAUGAGUACCUGCUUUGGUUGGUAAUGGCCUCUUGAUUUUGUACUUUUUCAGGGAUCUCCUGGUGAGAGGGGUCAGUCAGGUACUGCUGGACCCGUUGGACCUCCUGGCAGACCUGGCCCUCAGGGGCCUCCUGGACCUGCUGGAGAGAAGGGAGUUCCUGUGAGUAUUCCUGAAAAUAUUCAGUUGUGCAUUUGUCUCAACAGUCAGUACCAGUAUAUUUGUGAAAAGGUUUCCUCCAGCCAAAGAGAAAUGAUCAGCUGUUGAUUUUCCUCUUUGCUCGUUUGCUCUCGUUCAGGGUGAAAAAGGUCCUAUUGGCCCUGCUGGUCGUGAUGGUGUGCAGGGUCCUGUGGGUCUGCCCGGCCCUGCUGGAUCACCUGGAGUGCCAGGAGAGGACGGAGACAAGGCCAGUUAUUCUGACAGAUUCUAUACCUUUGUUUAUCCACUCUGCUAUAAUGUUUAGUCCAUUGAGUUUUGUGCGACCCCUGUUUAUCCAGCUGUAAUCAUCCUGUAACUCUGUUGUUAUUGUAAAGGGACGUUUCUGUGUCAUUACAGGGUGAGGUUGGAGAGCAUGGUCAGAAGGGUGCCAAGGGAGCGAAAGGAGAGCAUGUGAGUGGUGCUGACGGACUUGAGGCCUUAUUCCUGAUCACAAAUAAACAGAAAUAGCUUUUCUGCAGUUUUGAAGUUCUGCUACUUGUCCCAUGUUUGGUUACAGUUGAAACACACAUUAACACAGUCCGUUUGUUUGUUGGUAGGGUCCUCCUGGUCCACCUGGGCCAAUGGGUCCUGUCGGGCAGCCUGGUCCUGCUGUAAGUACAAACCUGAACUUGUGGAAAACAAAUUAAGAGAGAUAUGUUGGAUGGCUCAACAACACGCUUAGUUUUUUAUCUACUGAAAACAUAUAAGAUACAAAAUACACACUUUACACUGUUAUGAUUAUUCUAAAUCCAAAAUUAUUCUUUUUUCUUCAUCUAUUUUGUUUUGAUGGGGUUUUUUCUUCUUCUUCUAUGAUUCAGGGUGCUGAUGGAGAACUUGGACCAAGAGGUCAACAGGGGCCUUUUGGAGCUAAAGGUGACGAAGGAACCAGAGGAUUCCCAGGAGCCCCCGGACCCAUUGGACUGCAGGUACAAGAAAUGGACAAAACACAGAUUUAGAUUUAAAACAUUUAGAUGAACUUCUGAGCGAUAAUCUAACAUGAUUUGCAAAGCUAAACCAAGUCUUUGUAUAACUUUGUCUCUUUCUGUUCACAGGGAUUACCUGGGCCACCAGGUGAGAAGGGAGAGACUGGAGAUGUCGGCCCUCUGGUGAGUUCAAACAUUUUUCAUCAGUGAUUUAGUGACUUGUUUUCUCACCGUGAAAUUACAAACUUGAUCGAUGUCUGAAACUCUAUUUUUUCAGGGUCCUCCUGGCCCUCCUGGUCCCCGCGGCCCUGCUGGACCAAGUGGUGCUGAUGUGAGUGUUUACAACCCUUUUUUAUAAACUUACACUUGAAAAAGAUACUGUUGAGUUGACACUGCUAAUGCUACAACCUUGAUAUCUAAUAAGUCUUAAAAGUGUCUCUAAAAGAGUCUGGAGGGUUUUGUCUAAGCUUUAUAUCAAGUUACGUUCAGUUGACAACAGAAUCAUCUUAAGGUCUUCAUCUUGAGAUGAAAAUUUUUAUGUGAAAUUAAAUUUUACGAGUAUCAUUAUCUAAAUAUUUUAUGCAAACCUUUCAGGGUCCUCAAGGUCCUCCUGGUGGUUUGGGUAACCCUGGACCUGCUGGAGAGAAGGUGAAGGAUUGACAGAUAUUUCGCCAACACUGAAGUCAUAAUUUUUAGAUGAUUCUUAUUGUUUUUUUAAAAACUGAUUCAAGGACUAAAAUAAAAACUGUUUGAUCCACAGGGAGAACCUGGUGAGGGAGGCCCACCUGGAAUUGGAGGAGAGCCAGGAAAGAAGGUGAGUAUCUGACCAUGUAGCUCAGAUUGUGAGAUAUAAGGAGACUUUGUCUUCACUGAAAGAUUUAAAGCUUUCAUAAAUAAAGAAAGAGUUUGCUGCUCCUGUCUGCAGGGUCCUCGGGGAGAGCGUGGGGAGAAAGGAGAAGCUGGACAACCUGGAACCGCUGGACCUGCUGGAGGCAGAGGACGACCUGGAGAUGAUGGACCCAAAGGAAAUCCUGUAUGACACCCUCAGUGAAAUGCACACAACAACAUUUCCUCACAGAUCAGUUUUCUGUCGAGAUUAUCUGUUUUACUUAUACUGUUACUCAAUUUUCAUCUUUUAAGCUUAAUGACUUAAUAUUUGUCUUAAACUUCAGGGCCCUGUUGGUUUCCCUGGAGAUCCUGGUCCUCCUGGUGAAGUUGGACCUAGAGUGAGUAUUUUUUUAACGAUACAUCAGUAUCUUUAUUGAACGACAUAAAAUUACAUUUUCUUUAAAUUUUAAGGCUGUAGUUGAAUGUCGUUGCACAGCUGUCAGUAGUCUAGUUCAGUUUCAUCCAUGUGAACUGUCUCAUAACUUCUGCUUUACUGCCCUCUGAUCAGAUAUGACACUAAACCUGAUCUGCUUUGAUUCAGGGUCAAGAUGGUGCCAAAGGAGAGAGAGGAGAAGAUGGUGAACCAGGAGAAUCUGUAGGUUGAAGGAUGCAGCAAUGCAGAUAUGUGUUUAUAUAAAUUGAUUCAUCGUCUUAAAUCUGUUCUCUCUGCUUCUUUUUGCAGGGCUCACCUGGACCCCCAGGAGAGAACGGACCUCUUGGUCCCCCAGGAAAGCGGGUAAGGUCACAUCGCCUAAAUUAUAAGAGCCGAGCUGAUUCUUUUUGUAAAAUGUUCAGGAUCUUCUGUGUUUAGGUGUAUUUUUGGACUUUGCAGCAUUAAAUCUGUUUGGUCAUGUCAGCUUUUACAGUGUUUGUUUGUUAAAAGAUGUGCUGCAGAAAAUCAGUCUGUAUUUAAUAACAUGUGUGAAUAAGGAUCAUGUAUUUGACUGGAUUCUCCCUGGUGUUUGGAGAAAAACCUUUGUACUCAGGUCAUCAGUUAAAUCAGCUGAUGGGCUUCAUUUCAAAUAUCCAAAUAAGCGAUCAUAACUUGUGAUUCUUAAAAUAUUGUCACGUGUUUUACCUGCCAGGGUCCUGCUGGAACAAGAGGACCAGAGGGACGUCAGGGAGAGAAGGGAACUAAGGUGAGUCCAGAGCUUUAGGGCACAGGUUUUAACUUCCUGUGGUUCAAUGCAGAGAAUGUGAACAGAGUGCAGUCAGUUGAAACUAUUAUUUGAUUCUGUUACAUAACUUUGAAAAUAAAAAAAUCAUUUGUAAUGCUGAUGUUCAUCUUUAUCUUUUACAGGGAGACCCAGGUGCUGUUGGCCCCCCAGGAAAGACUGGUCCUGUUGGCCCCCAGGGUGUACCAGGAAAACCAGGAACAGAAGGUCUCAGGGGACUCCCUGGAUCAGUGGUCAGUAAAAAUGCUUUUUUAUUCCAUUAUGAUCGUCUAUACAGAAUGUCAACCGACCUGGCAACAUAUUUGAACUGUGUUUGUAAAUGUGUUUCAGGGUGAGCAAGGAUCACCAGGACCUGCUGGGCAGAAAGGACCACCCGGACCACUCGUAAGAACUCCUUUUAUGUAGAGUUCUUGAAGAAAAGAAAAGCUUACACAUUUCUCUGACACCAAAUCCACCAAACUUUACUCUUCCUCUGUCUCAUCCCUUCCGUCUUCCCUUUUUUUUUAAAUCUCCUGUUUUCCAUAUUUUUCCUAUGCCUGUCACCUCAUCGCUGUUUCCCUCUUCCUUCUCUUAUCUUCCUCCUGCAGGGACCUCCUGGUCUACCUGGCCUGCGUGGAGACCCAGGUUCCAAAGGAGAGAAAGGACACCCAGGUCUUAUCGGUCUCAUCGGACCCCCAGGAGAGCAGGGAGAGAAGGGAGACAGAGGUUUGCCAGGUCCUCACGGAUCAAGUGGACCCAAAGGAGAGACUGUGAGGCUCACUUCUUUUACAUGAUUGAGACAUGAGCAGCUGGACUAAGUCACUGAGUUUGAUUUUCUAUUCUCAUGGUUAAUACGUCUCAUGUUUCAUUGCAGGGAAUGGCUGGAGGCACCGGACCCAUCGGCCCUGCUGGUCCUCCUGGUCUACCUGUGAGUGCUAGUACUGUUUUGCCUUAUGAACAUCCAAUCUCUCUUUCUUCUCUUAUAUCAACUGGUUCCUCCUGCGACGGCCCGUCACUGUCACUAAACUAAACCUCAUGUCUUUUUCAGGGUCCUCAAGGUGUUAAAGGAGCCAAGGGUUCUUCUGUGAGUUCUUGAAUAUUCUUUGUAACACAGAGACUACAUCACAUUGUUCAUUAACUCAGAUCUGAUACCAUCACUGCUCCUGAUCUUUGCCCGUCUUUUCUGUGUUUAGGGAGGAACUGGUCCAAAGGGAGAAAAGGGUGUACAAGGACCUCCUGGACCUCCUGUAAGUGCUUAUCUGUUAUUUAUGAAAGAAAAUGGCAAAGACUUUUUAUUCCUGUCUGAUUGCACCUCAUUGUUCAGGGCUUGACACUAACUUUUUUCACAAGGGGGCUAAGUUGAAAAGUAAGGAGCACACAAAGAACUUUAGUUGCACAAAGAAAAUUGAUCAAAUAAUGUUCGUCUCAUCGUCCGAUCUUACUACUAAGUCAAUUUUAGGUCAAUUGGUCACAUGACAUGAAAGCUAUUGAAUGAAAAACAGCCUUUUCUAAGAACGUCAACCGGUAAUUUAUUGACGGUCCCUUAUUCAACACCAGCGAGGAUGCCAAGUAGAUUUAACUGCACUACUGUUGCUAUUCCUGGUUAUGGAGAUUGAGAUGACACCUGUAGGUCCACACUGAAUGUCCGUUGAAUAUCCAACCAAAGGCUAACUUCACCGCGGUAUUUACUUAAAAUAACAUUUCUUGCCUCGGCUAAUUUUUUGUUUGCGCACGUGACCCUAAAAUACAUUUUACAGUUCGCACACCUCUAUUUUUAGUCGCAAAUGCGAGUGAAAUGGUCUUACUGUCGAGUCCUGUUGUUGGUUUUAAGUUCAUUAAUUCAUUUUGAAAUUGUUUCACAGGGCCCACCAGGUGAGGUCAUUCAGCCCCUCCCUAUCCAGAGGAGCCCCAAGUCCAAGCGCUCCAUCGAUGCCAGCCAGUUGCUCCCAGAGAGUGACCCUGACAUGCCUGUAUCCGAUGCCACUGGCACUGAGUUCCUGAUGGGCAGUGAAGGCAUGGAGGAGAUCUUCGGCUCCCUCAACUCACUUCGACAGGAGAUUGAGACCAUGCGAUUCCCUCUGGGCACCCAGGACAGCCCUGCUCGCACCUGCCAAGACCUGCACCUCAGCCAGCCUGACCUCAAAGACGGUAAUCCUGAAUCUGCCGUAUUGGUCUCAGAGUGGCAAUCACUGAUGCAGCCUAAACUAUCAUUUUUUCAUUUCCUAUAUCGUAGAUCGCGACCAUAGUUUGAUUUUUAAGUUUUUAUGUUGCUCUCUGACCCCCCCCUGCAGGAGAGUACUGGAUUGACCCCAACCAGGGCUGCUCCAGGGAUUCCUUCAAAGUUUUCUGUAACUUCACUAAUGGAGCAGAGACAUGCCUAUACCCCAGCAGCAGCGUCAGUACGGUCAGUAAAAAUCAAAACUCAGCGACACUGUAAUAAAAACUUUGAAAUAAAACCUCGACCUCUAGGUUUCUAAGAGUAAAUUAAAAUAUUCAACGAGCUCAGCAUGUGAGAAUGUUUCUAAUUUAUUUGGAUUUAAAAAUGUAAAGACAAAUGUGAGUCAGUCAAGAUUUUAGAUUUGCUCCUUUUCUUGAAACAGUUUGUCCUGUUGUUUUAUCACACUGUAGUUUUUGUGCACAGUAAUUAAAAAAAGGAAACCAUAAUGUUAAAACAGUUCACAAACAUUUUAACAAAGUUUGUGUUAAAUGAUACCUGAAUCUGUUUGGGGUUUUUUGCUAUAAAAAUUAAGAUUUUAAACUAAACGUGUCAAAAGUGAUGUGGAUGAUUCUGUUGUCAGGUAAAGAUGAACUCCUGGAACAAAGAGACUCCAGGAUCCUGGUUCAGUCAGUUUACCACUGGCAGCAAAGUAAGUAACCCUCUGCUGCAUCAGGACUGCUAUUCAAAGUUUUCUCUCAUCAUCUCAGCUCUUCUUCCUCUUAAAUCCCUUGUUUAUAACCUCCUCUUCCUUCUACCUGCCAGUUCUCCUACGUGGACUCUAAUGGAGAGCCCGUGGGCGUAGUCCAGCUCGGCUUCCUGCGUCUCCUGAGCAUCCAGGCCCGCCAGAACCUCACCUACCACUGCCACCGCUCAGUGGCCUGGGCCGACCGAAGCAACAAGAACAGCUACAACAGAGCGCUGCACUUCCAGGGCGCCAACGAGGAGGAUCUCAGCUACGAGACCAACCCUUACAUCAAGGCCUUGGUCGAUGGCUGCUCUGUGAGUCUGCGCUCGAAAACACCACUAUCCUGCUGAAAGUGUGCAGGCUGAUUUAAGCAGAAGGAUGCAGUUUUAGAAAAGAAAAAAAAGACUAUAUUUAUGUUUAAGAGCAUCCAAAAAGAAUCAGAAUCAGAAUGCCCUUUAUUGUCAUUAUACAGAAGGUACAACAAGAUUGGAGUGCUUCUACAUUUUCAGUGCAAUAGAUACAAAGUGACGUUGCUCUCCUUUUUGUCGUCAAGUAUUCAUCUUCGGUCGUUAGUGACGUUGUUUUUCUUUUGUCAUCAAGUAUUCAUCUUCGGCCGUUAGUGACGUUGCGUUUCUUUUUGUCGUCAAGUAUUCAUCUUCGGUCGUUAGUGACGUCGCUCUUCUUUUUGUCAUCAAGUAUUUAUCUUUGGCGGUUUCUCUCCUGUUCGUUUCUCAUUUUGCAAUCCUUGAUGUUGUUACCAGAAACGCAUGCCCGCCAUAGAUUGCAUGCAACUCGUACAAACGCACACUGUUUUUAGUAGAGUGGUCCAUGGAAAUGUACAAUUUAAAACCCAUACAGUUCUUAUUUGUGCGGCUAAACAGUGAUGAGGAAUGUUCCCAAAGUAAUUCUCAGCGGACACGAGUUUCUCGACUAAACACCGGCAGCGCCAGCGACUCGCUCCAUGUGCAGAGCAUGUGCAGGGGCGUGGUUUCCUCUGCUCUGAUUUUGAUUGACGGCUGGCAGGGUAGUCUGAUUGGCAACUGAGUAAAGAACGAAUGUGAUUGGUGGAUCACUGCACAGCACAUGCAGAGUCACAUGCUAAGUGUCUCAAUCAGGUCCCCUUGAAAUUAGAUGAGUUCUUUGGCCUCCAACAUUGCAGGCUCUUCAGUGUCACUAUCGCGCGCACAGGUACAUCGCGAUGACGAUGCUCAAACGAUAUAUCGUGAAGCCCGAAUAUUGAGGUAGGAUUCACAUAGCAUGGUCAGAUGACAUUAAAAAAAACUUGGAAUGACAUGAUUGUACCGACCACGCAACAGUCUCAAACUUAAUUUUCCCAUUUAAAUUUUGAAUAAGAAUUUUACUUUGUUUUCACUGCAGAUUGUGUAGCUGAAAUUUAGACUCUUAUGUGGUUUGUUAUUUAUUCUUCUUUUCAGUCUUUAGUAAUCUUCAAAUAUCAGGCAGCCUCAUCCAAAGUGUAUUUUGUUAAACUUUCUAACUGUCUUUUUCUAAAGUGUCAAAUGCAAUAAAUUGUUUAAUACAGUAACACAAAAGUAGACAAUCCUCCGUCACGAUCAUGCAGCUCUUGGUUAGUUAUUGACUCGUGUUUCUCUGUCUCUCUGCAGUACCGUAAGGGCUUUGACAGGACAGUCCUGGAGAUCAACACACCACAGGUGGAGCAUCUUCCUCUGCGGGAUAUCAAGGUGUCAGACUUUGGGGAGAGCAACCAGCAGUUUGGCUUUGAAGUGGGACCUGUCUGUUUCCAAGGCUAAAAACACACAAACACAUACACACACACAUUACCAAAGGAACAACACUAGACACUCACACAUACACACACAUGCACUUCGAGACACAUUAUAUAUAAAAAAAUAACAUACAUGCCCUGUAAUUUGUAAAUUAACUUGUAAAUGAUAUAAACACACACACGCAAAUCAACAAACACACACACCACAUACACAGAUGCGGUUGUGAGACGAAUGCACUCACACUCAAGUGCCUUGGAAAAGCAACAUCCUCCCAACGAUCAGUGGAUGUCAAAAUGAGCAAAGAGGAGAGAAACAAAAAAAAACUCGCAGAGAAGAGACCAUCGUCUGAGUGCACGACCGCGAGAAAGGAAGAAAAAAAGCCUGGACCGAGUGUUUUUGGAAUAAAACAGUGUUUUCUUCACCAGCAGCCAAAGAGGCCGGCCCGAGAAAGAGAGCAAGCCGGUGACACGAGACACGACAAUCCUCGUCUCCUAUCUCCCUCUCACUCCUCUCUCCUCCCCGCUGUCUCUCUCUUAUUUUAUCCACUCAUCUCAUUCGCUCUACCUCUUUCCUUCUCUACUAAAUUAAAGGGUCACACCCAUACUCGCAUUUCUCUGACCCCACGUUCACACUGUGAGCAACAUGGCUGACGGUCACUCUUUCGCCUUCAUGAGAGGUUUGAAAAUUUGGAUCUAAAUGCUUCAACCAAUCAAAUAAAAAAAUAGUGAAGAUCGUAAAGUUUGAAGGUAACUUGAGUUAUUUUGCACUUGCAAGCCAAAACUCCCGCUCAUGAAUCAGAGUGCACCAAACUCUGGAGAGAAAAGGCCACCCAAUGUUCUCAGCUGAAAUCUUCUGUGGUCAUGGAUUUCUCCGAGUGACUUGUCAAUCAUGUUGCUCAUAUUGAAAACACUGUGUAACUCUCUGCUCUUGUCCUCGCCUCUCAAAAGAAACCGAAGAUAUGAAGCCACCAGUUUCCACCCAGAGUUUAAAAGAGACUGACCAAACGAUAACUUUGCUUUUUAGAUGGAUCUGUUUGUCGUUUUUCGUCACUUCUCUUCAUUACUAUCUUUUCAAAAAUGUGAUUCCCCGCAUGCAGUGAGUCAAAGAGGAAGAUAAGUGGAAACUUUGAUUUAUGAAUUUAAAAGCCAAUAUUUUUAUAAACUGUGCUUCGUCUGAUUCUGAUGUACGUCCUCGUUACUGGUGCCUUAAAAACAGCUUAGGCUUUAAGGGUAUUUUCUGUUUUUGCAUCAGAGAACCUUUUCAGGGUUUAAAUCCAUUUAUGCAACUAAAAUCACCCUUCUAUCUUAUUUUUCUCUACAGCAGCAAAUAAAAUGUAAGCUUUACUCAAAGAAACUGUAUGGCAAGGUGCUAAUUAUACCGAAGUUAGUGUUCACUUUCAGUUCUCGAGCCUCUCUAGUCUCUUUCACAGUUUCAUGAAGCUUUUUUUUUCUGGGGAAAAUGUGCAUUACAUUCCAUUUGUACAGAAAUAGUGAUAUUCUAUUGUAUUUAUUUAAACAAACAGGGUGCUUUGAGAUUAAAAGUAAGACCACCGAAUAUUCCAGUCAAAUGUGGUAUAUGUCAUUUGUAUUUAUUUCCUGUAGCUGACACCCGAGUGGUCAAGUGAAGCGAGUAACUAAGAUGUCUGACUAUCUGCCAGCCUGAGCUGUGGUGCUUCUGUUCAUGCCCUGUCCAAACUCUUCUCGUCAAACCAAAGAAUCUGUGGCCAUAUUUGAUUAUUUCCCUUUUUAGUGUUUUCAUCAACUGUACUGUGCUGUUUAAAUUUGCUUCCACUGUAAUGAUUAAAUGGUGACUCUCCAGCUCUGUCACAUUUCCUUGUCGUUGCUACUGUUUGACUCGAUGUCUUUGGAUUUUUCAGACUCUGCUUUUUGCCUCUAAAUGCGUCACAGAAAUUCAGUUUGCUGAAAACUGAGGUGGUGGAAACAUUUACACAUAAUCUUCUGAUUUAGGAACUUUCUGUCUGAGACCAAAGCGGGUAGGAGAUUGUUUGUGAGAGGGAGGCGAUGUCUCUGCCACCGUGAGUGGCUGUGAGACGAUCUUUGAGGG